CUUUAGGUUAUACCCAACCCCAAAAACAAGAAGCAGAGAGAGGGAGAGAGAACCAGGGAGGGAGAGAAAGAGGGAAUGUGUGUUUUUUCAGAGACAGAGACAGAGAGCAAAGCAGGUACAGACUUUACACUGAAGAUUUCUGAAGCUGCCUCUGAUAUUAUCCUGUUUUGAAGAAACUGCUUGUCAGCUGUUUGUUGGAGACCUCUGCAAUUCCUCCUGACUGCUGUGGAGAAGAAGAGCUUGCUUCUGUAGCCUCCCCUUGUGAUUGGCUGUCACACUUUAGGCUCCCCCUCCUCUCUCUCUCUCUUUUUCUCUCUCUCUCUCCCUCUGACUCCCCUCUUCUCUCUCUCUCUUCUCUGUGGUACAAACCCCCCUCCAUACUGUCCUCAGGCUUACCUGAGCCACAACUGCAGAGACGCUGGACCCCCCUCCUCCUCUGUCUUCUCUUCUGCACACACACACACACAUACACACCACAACACGCCGUCUCUCCCCUCUCUCUCUCACACACACACACACUCAGCUUUUCACCUGGAGAGGGCAGGCGCAAGAGACGGCAUGUGGAGCAGCAGCAGCAGCAGCAGCAGCAGUAGUGUGUCCUCACAUCCAGCGCUGCCUCUCUGAGUUGUCUCUUUCUGGAGAGUGGAGAGGAACUCUGAAAAGACAUUUUGGAGCCAUUGUUCCCUUAUCGAAAGCAGGAGAGACGGGGGCAGCAAUCCAGGGACACCAAAGGCAACACUCAGCAUGAUUCUGGGUGAGUUGUGGCUUUUUUUUUUUUUUUUUUUUAAUGCAUGGGAUUUUGAAGAGGUCAGUCAUGUUGUUGGAUCAGUAAUCCCUACUUAAAGUUGGCCGCCAGCAGCUCUUUAUUAACAGUGUGAUCUGCCUGGUGUCCUCUGCACAUAGACAGACAUCUGUCCAUGCUAAAUGGCGGGAUGGACCUUUAAAUUAUUCUUAGUGCUUGUAAUUCUGUUAAUAGUGUGUUGUUAAUGUGCCAGGUGUGAGUGAUGACAAGGAAGGUCAAAGUGUUUUCAUUAUGGCCUGUUUGGUCACAUGACCAGGCUCCACUGUUGUCAUGUAAAAGGAAGAGGUGAAAGUCAGGGAUGGUUCCUGAUAUCAGACUCACAUUUUAUUUAUUGGUAUGAUAAUAUCUCAUGUAUUUAUCUUUUUUUUUCUUUAUCGGAUUAGUGCAUUUUUUUCACCCAUCUCUCUCUAUCACACCUGUCCCUCUAACCUCAUUAACCCUUGACGUGCCAACAGGUCAUUACACAAAAAAAACCCAUCAAAGAUUCAGGCCUGACUUUGCAGCACAGUGCAGCUUUAAGUUAUUAUACAGGCUUGCUCUGUUCUGAGUCAGCCAGCGUUUUCUUCUUUAGUAUUCUGCUCUCAUAGUGGCCGUGUCUGAGAGAGGGGAUUCUGUGUAGUCUCUGUGCUCCACAGCUACACUCAUGCAGAGGAUGGCAGCUUGCUACUGUAAGUCCUGUAAUACCACUGAUCUUUGAUGUGUUAUGAGAAGAGGACAAACUUGUGAGUGUAAGUUUGCCUGUGAAAGUGGUCCAGAGUUGUCUAAUUUGUGGAUGGUUGUGUCCGAGUGAGGUCAUUGUGUGUGCAUUUGUUCUAGCUUUGUGUAGAUGUACUAUGUGUAUAUGUGUUGCUAUGUUCUCUAUCGGAGAGGCCACUUUGUUUUAACGCAUGCCUGGGCUGAUUCAGGCGCAGCUCUGCUCCUCUGCCCACCCGGCAGGCAUGUUUUUCAGGCAGACAUCUCUAAUGAUUAUAGGGAGUCAUGUAGUCUGAGGUGUGCGGGUUUUUGAAGUUUGCACAUUGAGGAGUCUGCAUUCCUGUGAGCUUCAGGCUCUGAGCAAGUCGGAGAAAUUCAUGUUGUCUCAGAGAAUGAAUGUAAUAAGGGUAACUUUUUCACUAACUCAAGUUCUUUCUUGUUUGUUUUACUUGCAGGUUUUUUUCCUUUUUGAGUCUGUUUUUUUUUGCCUGGGCUUCUUUCUGGGUUGUACCACUGGACAAAUAUGAACCUUUCCCUGAUGUUAGCCCCAUUUAACAGUUAGACAAGCACCGUCUUGACCAGGGUGCAGGUGGUAGCAGCUCCCUGUUGUAAAUGAUAUUUGGCUGGGAUGUGUUAGCGGCAGCUUUAACCCUCAACUACAGCUGUCUGCUGCAAAAUAACACAACUCAUUCAUCAGUGCAAUGGUUUUAGCUCAGGGUAGUUAUUAUAGCGUGUGUAUUUUCAGUUUGGCACAGUUUAAGUGCAAUAAAACAUGGAAUGCGACCUCUGUUGUGCAGAAGUAUGAAUUUUGCUUUUGCAGACACGCCGAACGCGUCACUUUUGAUGAAGAUUUUUUAUGGAGGAUGAGUGAUAUUUAGUCAAAGAUGGUUUACUGGGCCUUUACAGAUACCAAAACUGUUUGUUCACAUCCCAUCUAAUCACUCAGAUACAUAUCUGUAAUAAUUUCUGGGUUAUUCCAGUGCCUAAAAUUCUGCUUCAUUUGCGUGAUGAUGUGACUGCUGAGUGAUUUGACAUUUCUGGCUUCCCUCCUCUGAAAAGGGUAAUGUCAUUGUAAUGACCUUUACAAUCCUGAUGCAUGCUGAUGUGGACCUCCAAUCAGCAAAAACCCUGAUUCAGCUUCAAGAUACAAAUCUGCAAGGCUGGGAUAACAUCUCUGACAAAUGACGAUUUACAGUGUAUGUAAUGUUUAAAUUUUAUUUUAAAAUCUGUUUGUGAUAUGUGUUCAGUGUGAGCAUAAGUGCUAAAACCACAUGCAGUACCAGCUGUGUGUGUAGCUACUGUAUUCGCUUUUUUUUCUCUUAUCCUUUGUAUGACCUUGAGCAACCAACCCCCUACCCGCAAGUUAUGCUUUGUCCUCAACGAUGUGUUCACAAGUCCAUGAUAAGUAUCGUCGCAGGCAGUCCGGGGCCUUGGCAGAGGUCUUUUGGCCGCUGUGAUAGCGAUGACAGUCCUGAUACUGAUAAUGGCAAUGGACGUGUGCUUGUGCCGUAUACAAAGCUGCAGCCAGCCAGCUUAGCUCCCUGCCUGUCAUGGGCUCUGCACCAAGUUAGGGGUAGGCAUGGGGCUACUGCUGCUGCUGAUGAUGAUGUGUAUGGGUGUUAUUUUUUAAAGUGUGCGUGUAUUAACUUGGCAGAGGACGGAGCGAGGCUGUGCGAGAACAAUGGCGGGCUACUAGAGAACAUGAUCACUGAGCUUCUCCAUGACUGUGGCGUCAUUGUAAUCAGCCGCCAUGUUGUCUUAAAAAAAAAAACCCUGCACUUUCAGCAUCCUGAUGCCCAGAGAGAGCUUAGAGUGUGGAAUUGGCUUUUAGAUGGUAAAUAGUUACCACUUUGGCUCAAUGUCACUCAAAAUCCCAUCCAAUUUCAAUGACAUAAGAUGAUAAAUGAGCUUUAUGAUAAAAAAGAAAGUCCUGAAACAAUGUAGAAAAAGACCAAAAUGAUAAUAAGAAAAAUGCCUCAUGUCUCAAAAGGAAAGGUUUAAAGACAGUAACUCUCAUGCUGAGCUGAAGGUCAAAAAAGAGACUGAGUGGGGGACAGCUGAACAUGAGGAAGCAGAGCGUUCAAGAGCUUAGGAGCUGCAUCCAAAGACUGCAAACAACAUGGACUUCAGCACAAUGGAGGUCAUUCAAUGAUUUCUAAAAAGGUGUUGUGGAGCUAAAAAAAAUGGUUGCCAUAUUGGAAAUACUAAAUCAAACUCAAUUCUGCUACUGCUCCAGAAGCUAGCCAAGAGGAUUUAGCCGUCUUUAAAUGAUCAACACAGAAGAGCUAUUAAAGAAAAUACAGCUUUAAAUGAUCAACACAGGCUGUAAAUAUACUGUAUUUAUUUCAGCUGUGAAAUGGCUCUGUCUUAUGUGGGCUCUAAUGGGGAUUCCUGGGCUUUUACAGCCAGUCUAAAGUGGACACUUGAGGAACUGCAGUUUUCUUUUCUCCCUGCACUGGCUUCAUUUUUAAUACCGAAGGCUGCCUCAUGCCAAAGCCUGAGAAGACUCACACAAAAUGCUGCAUAAUGGCUGUUUAAUAGGUCUUCCUGGGACACUCCAAUUGUAAACUGCAUCCUUAAGUUUUUUGGACAGUCUCAGUCACAAUUGGUUUCUGUUCGCAUGUUGUGUUACUUCUCAUCUGUCCUGUCUGUGUGAGUCAGAUCUGACCUCCGGAGCUCAGGGCUAGGCGGUCUAUCUGUCUCUUUGUCUUUGUGUUUGUACGCCCACACCGACCUCAUCUGUCUUCAUAAAGUCUGUUUCUCUGUUGACCUGUCUGCAUAGCUAUUGCUCAUUCAUCUCAGCUAGCCAACCCCUCCCCCUAUUUUCUCCGACAUGCUCACCUGAUGCAUCAGGUCAACUUUAAAACUCACACUGGACACAUGUCUUUACGCUGAUCAGCAUUUUUUUUCCUCCUGUCAUUUUCUCCAUGACCGCUCUGCUCACUUUGUUUAUGUCAAAGUGACAGCAAUCAUAAGUCCUUAAUGAGCUCGAUAUUUGGUAUGCAUUGCACAGCGUUUCUUUCCCUUAGGCUUCUUAGCAAUACCCAAGAUAUGACUUGGAAUGCGUCAGCGCAGCUACAACUCUGCAGUGAAACAUGCUGAACAAUCUUUGCAUGCCUAAUUCUUAAUACUUUGGCAACACUUAGAUGAAAAUUCUCAAAACACGCUAAGUAUCUCUCCACCUGGUCGGGCAAGGUUGCACUUUUUAGCUGAAGGACUGUUCACUUUGUUUUACCAAGUUUACCUUGAAGAUAAUUUCCCACUUAAUUUACACUUAUAGUAUGCUAUGGUAAAUUGACCAAGAUUACAAUGAUUUCCAUCAGAGGUGAGACCGUGUUGAGUUCUGGCUCGGUGGAUGGGCAGAGGAAGCAGAAGUGUCAACAGUCUUUCUCAUCUCUCCUCUUCUUCUAAAUUUAACUCACUCCUUAUUUGCGAAGAGAUACUCCUCAGUCAAAAAGCUACUAUAACAGGUCUCUCUCCUCCUUCCCCUUUCCUCCUUUCCUCUUCUCUAUAGCUCCAUUUGUUUAUGCUAGAGUGACUGUGUGUCAGCAGGCUGUCAAUACUGUCUGUAAGAGACUCUAAUGAAUAGGCCUGUUAUUGGACUGGUGGGAAGGCGACCCAUUGUGUCUGUGAGUGCAUCUGUGAGUGUGUGUGUGUGUGUGAAGCCCAGGAGUGUGUGUAGCACUGCAGAGGGUGCAGAGGGAGGUGGAGGUGUCACUGCUUCAUUGGCCUCACUGCAGUGCCCUCUGUCAAAGAGUGUUCACCAAAAGAAAAGGCCAGAAGCCCGCAUGAUCAGAGUAAUGAGGUCUUUCCUCACAGCGCUCAGUCUAAAUGUAAACAUGAAGCUCUUUCCCACAACAUACAUAAACCUGGAUUAAAUGUACACUUUAAAGUGACGCACACUGGCACCAGCAGUCACCCACAGCUUUCUGCGGCUGACCGAUGAAGCACAAAAAUGCACCUGUGCGUGAUUAUGGUGUCACAUUAGUGCAUUCAGUAAGGAAGCCCAGCUGACUGCUUACUGGGAAUCCUGGGGCUACAAGACACCUGGGAGUUAAAGCUGGAAAAUGUUCUGUAUGCUUCAACAGUCACUCUGAUCACAAAGUGGAAAGAGGAACAGAUGAUUCUUCACACUGCAGCUCUCCAGUGUUUGCUAGGAGGAAAUGUUGCCUUUAACAUAUUUCACAUUUAAUGAAGUCUCAGUUUUCUUUUAGUUAGUUAUUUUUUUUCUUCUUCUUGAAAAGAUACACAUCAUUCAUUUUCUGUGUGAAUUAUUUGUAUAUUCAUUCUACUAUUAUUCAUUCUAAUGGGGAACAUUUUUUACCAGUAUUACAAGGAGUGAAACAAGUACAACAAAAUUAUAAAUAUAUAUACAGUAUAUAUAUAUAUAUAUAUAUAUAUAUAUAUAUAUAUAUAUAUAUAUAUAUAUAUAUAUAUAUAUAUAUAUAAAACAUUCUAGAAAAAUGUACAGUGCAUAAUACUGGUCAAAAGAAAUACUUAAAAUAAAAUGACAACUCAAAAACAAAUGUAUACAACAUUUUGGCUAAGUUAAAGCUCCUAUAAGAUUUUUUUUAAGAAAUGCAUUAAAACUCAUAUUUAUGUUUUUUUUUAUGCAAUUCAAAAGCAAGCAAAACCAUCUUGGACAAGACUGAUGAUUUUAAGAUUGUGAUUUAUAACGCCUGAAAUCUGUGUGUGAGGGUAGGUGUCAGUCAAGUAGCUAAAGAAACAUUUCAGCUCUUAUAACUGUUCACUGAUUUAAUACACACACUUGACUGUCAAAAAUCAGCCGCAUUAGAUCUUUCAACAAAGGUCACUACUCAAGUAUGUAGAAGACAAGAUAAGCAAAGACUGCUUUGACCACAAGGGGCGCCAAAGUUAAUAUAAACCAAAAGAACAUCACAGGAGCUUUAAGUAUGCUCUUUAAAAUGAAUAAACACCAAUGAUAUAUUGAUAUUGGUUCAUACUUUUUUAGUUUGAACUAUGAGAACUGAAAAAGCUGAACUAUAUUACUUGCAUACAGAAUACCUGCACCACAUGGCACAAGUACGUACUUUUGGUUACACAGGUGUUAAUGUGCUAGGGUUCUGAUAGCAGUUAAGGUUACCUAUGUAAAGAGGCUAUAGUCAUCAUAAUAAUGGUCAAUGGUCAGACCCCUGACCUCAACCCUUUUCUGCAUGUCUUCUCUCACUCUUUACUCCCCACAUUUCCUGUCUCUCUUCAGCUGUCCUGUUUAUUAAUUCAAUCUGAUAAAGGCAAAUAUGCCUUUAUUUAAAAUAUAUAUAUUUACUCUCUAUAACAAAACUCAAUUUUUUUAAAGCUGCAGUUAUGGGUGCAUUAGCUGUAUUCUAUGACCGAAACAGAAAACUUAAAACCAAAAAUGUUUUUCUCUCAUUUUGAGGUAAACAAUAUCAUUAAACUUAAUAAAGGCUACACUGACCAAACCUUUGAAUCGUAGUCAUGAUGUUAAAACAAAAAGACAUAUUUGAGUCUUGAAACCAUGUGUUCAUGACAAUAAGUUUUAGGAAACAUAAAAAAAAAUUGCCUGCACUGGCAGCCAUUUUACUGUGCUGACCCACAAACAGGUUCAGGAUUUUUCAUGAAAUACAUUUUAAAAAAGGGGGUUUGUCUUGCGUUUCGGGUUUGGUAAUUAUAUGUCAAAAUCUGUCACAACAGACAGAGCCACUUAUCUGUAAAGUGAGUGUACCCCUCCUGACUGAGUGCAGCAGUGACUCACCGUGCGGUGCGGGGGAAUGAAAGAUGGAGUGACACGGUGAACUAAAGUUACACAAAAGUGGGACAAGCCAAGUGACAAGUGAGGCAGAGUUAUGAAACCUUUCUCAAGAAUAUGGUUAUCAAAGCAGUAGGAUAACCAAACAAUCGUCAAACAGCCGAGGAAUGUGGUGUUACAGAGUUUAGUGCUCAAAGAUAGUGAGCCUGGAAAGUGAGAAAGUCACAGAAUUCCUGAAUGACAUUAAAUCCAUUAUCAGACCUGUCAUCCAUUUGAUAAUCAUGAUAUGAUAUGAUUAUCAAAUUACUGAUGCCUUAACUGAUCCAUCAUCAUUUACAUGCACACCUGAUCAUAUUUUCUUUUGUUUAAGUGUGAUCAUUUUAAUUUUAAAAGAAUUUUAGAGUACAUUUUUUAUCAUUUUUGUAAAUUCAAACUAUUUUCUCCACAAAAGAACAAGAUUUAAUCUUUAUAAAGUAUAUAUAUAUAUAUAUAUAUAUAUAUAUAUAUAUAUAUAUAUAUAUUAUUUAUUUUUUUUAACGCAUUUAUUUCUGAAAACUAAUCUUGAGAAUGGGGUGUCAUCUAAGAACGAGGGUUGUCCUGAAUUGUGACUGAUAUAUUGACUCAAUAUUUGAUGAAGUCCUUUUUUUCCCCUUUUAAUAUCUUGAGAAAGAAAAGUACAUCUGAAGACAUCAGGUCACUGUGACUUAUCUUCAGUGUAGUGAGAUAUUCUGACCAGUAAUGGGACCUUAUUUGAGAUUUCACUGAGUGCUGAUUUUGCCUACAGAAACAAGUAAAACUGAGAAAUUCUCAAAUACUGAGUCAAAAACAGACCAAAGCCUGAAAGCUUAUGAAUAAUAUUCAUAAAAGUCAUAAACUGAUUUAAUAUAAAGACAUAAAAAGGAAUCUAGCUCUAAAGCACCGAUGUGUAGCCACAUUUUAAAAGUUUCAUAUUGUCAUUUUUUACUGUUGUGUAUUCCUUUUAUUACACCCACUGAUCUGCAGCUGCAGAACUUGACAGUGUACGCAAUAACAACACUGCAUAUUAGGUUUGUUUAGAUACAAGAGAUGAAUGUUCAGCCAGUGCCGAAUCCAGCCCUGUGUUUUCUUUCAACCAACCACACUCAUCAAAUGAAAAAAGUCAAACUGUUUUAUUGAUCGACUGACGGGAGAACUCAGUCACAGCACUGACAGUCGCAUGAAUAAUAAUUUUCCCCAAGCAGCAGCCUGGUAUAAAAAGGUUGAGCAAAGCUAACGUUUGGCGGCGAUGGAUGUUGCAUUAAUCAUGCCUGCUCUAUUUCCGUGUGCUCACAAGAGAAGAGGUUUAGAGGAGGAGGAGGAGGGGGAGAGAGGGAGACAGAGAAAGAGGCAGACAGAUAAAAAUGGAGUGAAAAAGUGUCCUCAUGAAAGAGAAUUAGCUUCAUCCAGCUCCUGGGGAAAGGGAAAAAGGAAAUUCCUCUGAGUGCAGUUGAGAUAGGGUUUCACACAAAGACCAAAAGGGAAAUCAAUUCUCCUUGAGAUGCAGCAAGGUCAGUUCACAGGGGCAUGGCUAGAGAGGAGAAAGCCAAACGGGAGGAGGAGGUGGAGGUGGAGGAGGAGGAAGUUGAUGAGGCAACCAAAGAACGGGGGAGUGGGAUUGAACGAAUGGUGUAGGAGGAGAAAGACUUAAGGGAGCAGUGAAUGGAUAAAGGCAGGGAGGAAAUGAACACAGCUAGAUGAGCCAGAGACUGGAUCUGGGUUGGGGUGACGAUUUUUGAGUUAAAACUUGCCUUCGGGGGGAAAAGCGAUGCUUCCUCCCCACAGGAAGCAUUGAGCUGCGUUCUCUGUAUCAUCUGACUCAUGCAGGGAGGAAACGUUAGCUGUACAUCUGGCACACUUCUCCCAAUCUGAGUGAACUUUACUGAUUGCCACAAGGACAUCUCCCGUCUCUGUGACCUCAUCCAUCUAAAGAGCUUUCUCUUUACAACCACAGGGUUAGCCAGGGACGCAGACUGAAUGAAUAGUACUAGCUGUGGCUUCCAAGAAGCCCUGAGCUAGCUUUUAAUCCUUAAUGUUACAUGAACGGCUCAAAAUAGCCUAAAUCUCCACCCCUUCUGCCUUUCCCCUGCUAACUGACUCUUCUCCAAUGUGUUGUAAUGGUGUGCAUAAACACUGACUGAACACGGAGAGGCUGAGUAAUAAAAAAGUGGUGAUAUGUUGAGCUCAAACUUGCCUUUUGUGGCGCCUUGCCCAUGGACAGAAACUGUAGCUACACCUAGCAUAAGGCCGCUUUGGUUGAGGUUUUAGUGUGAUGUCGGAGGAAGCAUGGAAAAGCCUCACUAGCAGGUAGUUAGGGGAUCCGCGUGGUGCAGGGCUUAGUGCAAGCGUCUGGUAUGCACACCUGUCUCUACACAAGUUCUUCCCUGAGAAUGCAGCUCUGCCCCUUAGAGACAGAGAGAGAGGGAGCGAGAGAAGGAAAGAGGGAGAGAGAGGGAGGGAGGAGAAGGGGCUCUGCCAGGACCUGCACCACUUCUCCCUGCCCCUGCCUGAGGGGGGAGCCAAGUGGGGGAGGAGGAGGGAGGAUAAGGAAGGUGAGGUGCCAGAGGUGUGGAUUAGAAGGCUGAAAGGGACACAUGGGGAAUGUGGUAUCUGAGGUCAUCCAUUUACAGUUUGUUAGCGGGCGGAUCAUUUGCUGCGUUCAGGGCUCUUGUUUUUAUUAAAUUAAUCCAGUGGAAAGAUUUCUGUGCUUGUGGUAUACAAGGAUCAAUGAGCAGAGCCUGAGAGGAAGAGCAGGGGUGAAGGAGCCUGCACUUUUUUCUUGUCAUUGUUAUUUUUAUCCAUUUUGAAGAGUUUUGAUCAAAGCAUUAUAUAUUUUUCCCAAUAACACUUAAUACGAGGAGGCGCACUCAAGCAUAUACUUUGCAAAUCAAGGGACUUUGACCUGAUACAACACUAAACCAGGAAGGAAAAAUACAAGAAAAACAAAGUAAUUCAACAAAAAAAAAACAAUAAUACAAAGACAAAGAUGUUUUUGACCACUUUAAAAUAAAAAAAGAAGUUAAAAAACACAAACUAUUACAUGCAAAUGUUAAAAUACACUAGAACCCUCCCUGGCUCUGCAUUCACUCUGCCACGCAGACACAAAGCAUUUUCAUUAAUUCAUUUUACGGUCUUAUUAAAUUGAUCGCAACACAGUGAACAAAACAAAAAUAACCAAAUAACCGCACAAUAAGACUUUAAAUAGAAAAAUAACACCUUCCUGGAUUUGAUGUCACACAGGACACAAUUACUUUAGAGGUUUUGUAAGUGACUUAGAGUGCAUAAGCAGUGUGAGCUCUCUUAGUUAACUUCAUUUCCACCUCUAUCUUUGUCUCUCAGUUUGUCAUCUGGUGCAGAACCCAAAAUACUUUUGUGGUGCCUCUCAGAUUUUUGGUGACAUGCAGCUUUGAUUUCACUCAUCCUCUGUUUUUCUUGGAAAGCAUCACCGUAUCAAUGAACUGAGGUCAAGAGUGCAUGUAGUGGUCAGGUUACGCUUAGAGUGCUUUCUGCUGGAUCAAAUGGCAUACUAGUGAUGUGCUGAAUAUUUAUAAUAAAUUUGAUUGGCUUAUAAUGAUAUAGUGUAAUGAUAUUUAAUAUAUGAAGAGGGCUUUCCCCCCCUUAAGUUUGAAUUUGGACUGGAAUUUUUAUAUAAAAAGCAACAACCCCAUACAAGCAUCCUAUAGUCACAAAUGAUACUUUAAAAUAGUCGGAAACAUUGUAAGGCAAUACAUAAUAAGUUUAACUUUCUCCUCUUUCUUAGCCAUGUAUUGUCUGCUGCGAAGCAUACGUAAUGUAUGUGAGAGCUCAAAGAUAAAUCUUAUAAUAUAUCACAAGAUGUGUUUUGAGUUUAUGUCGAAUGGUGGUGCUCAUAGCCCAUCACAUGGACAGUGCGAAUAAGCUGCUCUGUCCCCAAGUAUCUAUUACAAAAUCCAGCAUAAGAACCAUAACUGCUGCAAACAGCUGUAUGGUCUGCUGUUACCUCCAGAGAAAGUUGACCUUGCUUACUUAUUACUUCUAUAGCUAUAAACCCUACAGCAGGUCUCAUAAAUAUUCCUUUUCCCCUCAAGGAAUAUCAAGCUAUCUUUUUUUUUUUAACAAGGUAAAUGUUUCAAAGAUGCUGAUUGCACAAAUCUGCUCUUGGUUCUUGUGCCUUUGUCACUUUCCACUGUCAGUUAGAGUUUUUGAUAAAGCCAAAAUUGAUGACAAAAUGAAAUGUUUUGAAAUGUUUUGUUUGUGGGGCCUAUAUAUGUAGAGAAGUUGAACUGCAAUAGAGGUGAUUUGCAGACCAUGGCAGUGGCUUUGAAUUUUAAGUACCUGAAUCCAGAGAGGUAAAAUCCAUGCUAAGCAUUUCUUUGUCUGCUGCUGUAGCUUAUUUUGCCAUGCUGUCGCAGUCCUUUUCAUGGAAAACAUGUAUGGAGAAAUCCCUGCAUGUAGCUCAGACUGAAGCUCAAACAGUGGCUGUUGUUGUGGUUCAAGAGAGCACUGAUGAGAUGUAAUAAACGGAGGGCUAGAGAGGGAGGAUGGAAAAAAAGCAUUUCCAUAAAAUUAGCAUAGUCAGUGCAGGGAUAACCGCAUAAACAUACGCAACUUCACAUUGCAUUCUUCACAUCUGAAUAAUGUCAGUUAAUGUUUGGGCUUGUAUUAGGAUUGCUUAUAAAUGUUACAUCAGGGGUGUAACAGCAUGUCUGAGAACAGCACAUACAGGUUUUAUAAGCUUGCCUCCAUCCUAAAUGUUCUUCUUUACGCUAUUAUGGCUCGUGUAAAUGUGAGAGCUUGUAUUUACAGUAGGACCAGGGUUUUCUCUUCUUGCCGGACCAAUAAUCGCCCUGCAGCCAGUGCCACAAAUCUUCAUUAGAGGAUUAGCUGAUAGGGAGACAGCUUGUGUUCUUUUGCUUUUAUUGUUGGACCUGCAUCCACUGUUUCCAGCCUGCGGAUCGUUCUGUCUUGUCUCCUUUGCUUAAACUUGUGAACGUUGCCGCAGCUCAGUAUCACACACUCACAAACACAUUUAGACCACACACACACUUUUUUGUUUUUUUUUAGAUUUGUUUUGUCUCAGUCUUCUGUCUCCUAAUUCUAUCUCUUUUUAUCAGUCUUUCUCCCACAUAUGCUGAAACCCGCAUGUUCAUAAUGCUCACACGUCCUGUCACUUAGUCCCCUUGAGGUACAUCAGCUGCCCACUGGGCAUCCAAACUCAAGACAGAACAAAUUAAGGUCACAGUGGGGAGAGCCGAGCCAGUAAAGGACAACACAUUCUGCCAACUGUGUUUGUGUGUGUGUGUGUGUGUGUGUGUGUGUGUGUGUGUGUGCUUAGGUUUUUUUGUCUCGUCCGACCUCUAAUCGGUGGCAAGGCUCCAGAGAGAGCCGCUGUCCAAUGGCUCCUGUUCUACUCAAAGGAAAACUGACCCUCAUUGCAGCAUUUUUGCAAGAUAAAAGGUACCAUCACGUCCCUUUGAAUCCAGACUAGAAAACAGGGUGAUGAAUGCUCCUUUGAAGGCGCUUUGAUAACACCUGGGGAAGGCUACGGGACUCGAUUCCCUCUUGUGCCUGCUGGGAGUUUUGUGACUCAUCUGUGGCUGUUAUUAGCCCAUCCAUGCUGUUCUGGUACCUAAGGGCUCCUGUUACCACUCUUUGGUUAGCAGCAGCCUUAGAUAUUUAGUCAGAGCUAGACUGACAUCUCUGUCAAAAGACUAGGAAUUGAUGUAGAUGGAUCAAAACUUUGACUCUAUGGGCUUCACAUCUGCCAAAUCUCAGAGGAUACCAUAGCAGUAUCAAAUAACACUAUUCAUAUACAUUCACACUCACCACUAUGUCUAGUUUGGGGUUUAGUGUCAUGCAGGGGGAGUCAUGGAGUCGAGUGUAGUUAAGUCUGAGACUUUUCCGGGUCAGCUCGAGUGUUUUUUACGCGCUUCUAACUCUGUAAGUCCAUGCGACACAAACUGAAAACUUCCAUACAAAACCCCAGACAUCCAGACAUUUAAAGGAUUUUAUAAACUCCCUCGGACAAAGCCAGACAGCCCCCACAAAAAAGAGGAAAUGCCUGAGUAAAAGAGGACAUAUCAUCACCCUAAUUAUUGACAAUAACUGUCUUUUUAGAAAUUGAAAUAUUGAUAUAGCGAUACAAAUAUGAAAACGUUGAGAUCAUAGUGAUUCUUUACACCGGUUGCCACAUGUUGUAAAUGUGUGAGGGAUGAAAAAGAAGUUAGCAGCUCACUCGCUGGCCUCUAGUUAGUCAAAUAUUCUCUUAGAGAUAAUCAGACAUUUAAAAAAAACUGAAAUUCAAAUCCAAAACAAAAACAAAGUCAGAGUGUGUGUCCCUUCGGCUCACGAUUCAAUUCAACAUUCAUAUUGUGUUUCUUUAAUUGUUUUUUUAUUCAGAUCCAAAAUUUCUGGGGAGGCUAAUACUUCAAAAUAAAAGAUUAAUUGUACCAUGUGGGGAAUGAAGCAACCCAAAAUACAAACAAAACAAAAGCAUGACAAACAAUCAUUUUACGGGGGAUUGUCUUUCCCAAACAAGUUUCAGCCAUAAAAUCGCAAAAUAAUCACACAAUUUGAACAUUAUUAUUCUUAGGAUUUGAAAAAUGAUGUCAAAUGAUGUCAACUUCAUUUAUAGUUUCAUAGUAUUCCUCUUUAUAACUCAAAAAUGAUCUGUGCAUUCUGCCUUCAUGGUUACUAGUAGAGUGAUACACUGUAGUUUACCGUAUAGUGAAUCGAUGAAUCACUUUAGUCAUGAUGGACAACAAACAUGUUCGAGACUCACAGCAGAGGGUGUCUCCAUGUUCUUGCUUUUGUUUGAGGUUAGAGUUGACACAGAGACAAGCUGUCUGACUAACACCCACUCCCACACUCCACACUGAGUUGUUGUUCUGAAUGAGUUUUGUUGUUUUUUAUCUGGAGAAGAUAUUCUUGCAGUUAAUAGAAGUAGCUGUGACUUUCACAUCAUCUUAAAUCCUGCCACUCUUUUUUUUUUUUUUUUUGCUUCUGCACUGUACCUUUCAGUUCCUUACUAGUAGCAAUGUUAAUAAUUCUUCAGUCCCAGUGGGGUCCACAAGAGGCAAAAGGGCUCUUUCCUGCCAGCCAGGGCCUUAUACCUCCCCCUCAAGGGCAAUAUCGUAUUCAGCCUGACUGUGCGCCUGUGUAAUCCAUCGCUGCAGGGAGGGUGACCUUCACAGCAGGCAGCCCCACAGCAGGCUGCGACAUGGGCACUCAGGGAGGAGGACAGGCUGGGCAAAAAAAAAAGGGGGUGCUGGGGGCAGGACAAAGUGGUUCUUAUAGAUGAUUAGCCUUUCAUAUUACACUCUCUGUGGUUGUCCUCUCUCUGAUGCUGCAGCAACGACGCAUAUUAAAGUGGAGCGUCUAAGAGUCUGUUUAAAUCCCAAGAGAGAAAGAAAGAUAACAUACACUCAUUUAAUAUCUCUGAACUGUUGUAGAUUCAUUUUUUAUACAUUUUUUAAUUUACAAGCUAAGAUUUUUUUGUCCUUUAAAAAGUCUUCUACAUUUGUCAUUAUGUUUGCUUCAUGAUUCCUAAAGGAGAAGAGCUUGACCUUGAGCCACUCUUCCUGACAAACCAGCUUCCAGCAGCUUUUGCUCUCCAUCUCAGAAAGAAAAUUCCCUUCAUCAUGUUGCAUUAGCGGUGUAUUCAGUGCACCCUGCAGUCUGGGUAAAGGUGAAGCCAGAGCCAGAAAAAGUUAUUGACAGUUAUGUGAGGAGAUGACGCGGCCAAAUAAGUCCCCCGCUCAUGAAUGAUGCAUGUCCCCCACCGGCCCCUGAUGGAGAAAGCGAGCGAAGCUGGAUGACAGCUGGGGUGCUGUGUGUGCAUGGUGCAGAACAAGGUGAGACUCUUUGUAGUACAGCUCGGCUCCCUCUACUCUUCCUCUCUUUUCCGCCUUCUUUUUCUCCUACCCACUCGCUCAAAAACCCCACACACACAAUCAGGAGCUCUGUGUGGAGCUGUUACUCUACAAGUCUCCCCUGAGCCUGCAAAGCCACAUGAUGACCUUAGAAAUGCUCUUCAGCUCUUAUGCAGUCUUUGCCUCUACCUCUCUCCCACUCUGUCUGACACCCUUGGACUACGUCUCCUCCUCUCCUCCUCUCCUUUAGUGUCUCUCUCUCUCUAAGCCCCUCUAUUUUCGUCUGAAACAAUCACUGUAUUUUCCGACUCAGUGCCCUGUGCUGCCGCAGUCUGAGACUCUGAUAGAAGGACAGGGGGAAGAGAGAGAGGGGAGAGAGGGAGAGCUGGGAGUACAAGGCGGUGGGCGUGGAUGUGUGCAGCACGCAGGGCAGAAACUGGAAAGGCUACAUAAUGGUUUGUUGUCGUCGUCACUGUAGCGUCACAUCUGUGUGUCCUUUUAGCUGCAGAGGGGCAGCAGCUAGCACAACACAGUCUGCAUAGCCAUAGCUUUUCUACACUGUGUGCAGUGACAUAUACAAGCAUAUGAACUGCGAUGCACUCUUGUGGAGAUGCUCGAAUUAAUGCCACAAUGCCCUUUGGCACUCGGUUAACCAUGCCAAUAAAGAAACCCAAGACUCAAGCAGGAGGAUUGUAUUUUUCCAAGCCAUGAAUAAAUCUAAAACUCUUGUACCAGAGCGGUGUAAAGGUGUGGUCAUGUCAAACAACAAAAAUGAAGCAAGCUUGUACACUCACUACAUGCCUCAAAAUAUCAUCAUCACCGCAAUGAUUCAGCACCACUAGACUCGUUGUCAGGUAAAUAUUUUGAAAAAAAAAGGCAACCACACCUUAAAGAUAACGCACACUAAUGUGCGAACAAGAUCUUUGAUGGGAGGUGAGGUUAACCAUCUACAAGGCCUUAGGUGACAAACACACAAAAACACAGAUAAUUUACAGUACAACCUCCCUUUUGUUUCAAGCUGUGGUAUUCUAAUUGUUCAACAUACAAUGUUAACUCCUCUGAGUUCCUUCAUCUACAGUUGUGUCAGUCAAGAGGUUGAAAAAGAUUAAAAUAAUCACCUCAUUCUCUCCAUAGCCUGAUUUACUUAGUGUUGAUGUAUUUGAAGCUUUUUUUCACACCCCUGAAAUUUUUGAGAAGAUGCAAAACUAAUGGUGAUAAAAAAAAAAAAAAAACUGCCAACAUCACAUGACACAAUCAACUUAUAAAUUUUAUGAAACAGGAAUGAUUACUUUCCGAUGAGCAGCAGCAUAUGUUUGGCUACCUUAUCGUCAAAAUUUGAUUUAUGUUCAGAAGUGGGUCGGGCCUGGGCAGUGUUGGCAAUAGGGCUGGGCAAUAAACUGAAAAUGAACCGAUACCAAAAUUUAACAGCAAACAUCAUUUUGUGCAUGUAAAUAUAUUCAGUGUCAAAAAAAUAAAUGAGUAAAAGUUGGUUUUGGAUGUGUGUAGGUAGGCUAUGGUCUCAUGUCCCUUUAAGAUGCUGUCCUACGUCAGAGACGUGACUCCACCCUAUCCAGGUUGAACACAGAGGUAAAGACAGGUGAGGAGAUGGAGGACGGUUCACAAGUUGGAGCGGCUGGAGCGGCGGCUGAAGUAGAUGAAGUUAAUGUGGGAGGGGGUGAGCAGCUUGUGGGGUAGUUAUCGUCCAUUUAUCGUUAUCAAGGUGAACUCCUCAAUAUAUCUUGAUAUUGAUUUGAGGCCAUAUCGCCCAGCCCCAGUUGGCAAUCACAGAUCCCAUAGUAUAAUGAUUGGAAACGAUCAUACUUUUGAGCAGAACCUGCUUCAGUAUUUGCAUGAAGACUGCGCCAGUUGUGCUCUUGUCAAAUAAAGGUCGCUCAACACAUGAGUGAUAUAAACAUCACAACCCCUGCCCACUUAAUUGCAGUGAAUUUCCUCAGCUUUUUUCAAGCUGUCUACAUACAUUGGCUGACUUUUUGCAGGCAGGAAAAACAUCAAGUAAAGCUGGGGUGAAGACUUAAGCUGUUUGCAUUUCCACACGCACCUCACCAUUACAAUCCUGAGAAAAUUUAUGUGUUCAGUGCAUGCGUGCAAAAAAAGCUUUAGCCAGAGGGGCUGGCUGGUGAUCGGAUUCUGAAAGUAGAAUCUCACUAAAAACUUUAAUUGCCACCUUUGGUACGUGCUGACAUUUAAGCAUAGUCCACAAUUCUAAAAUAGAAACAACUCAGCCCAAACCAUGAAGAGAAAUUGAACUAAUGACAGUUAUUUGCUUCUUCCCUGCGGCUGUUUUCAUCGCUGAAACUGCUCCACAGGAUGAACCUUUGUGUCCUUUCUCUAGACACAUCCAGUCGCAUGCAUACACAUAUUUUCAUUUUCAUUUCGUUGGGUAAACGUGAAACUCAGAUUUAUCCCUGACAGACUACAGGGGCUACUAUACUAGAGGGUGACAAACUACCGCUUCAGACCCAGCUGUAUUGAUUUGGUCCGAGCAUUUGUGUAAGGGAAAGUAACAGUGAUGCAUUCCAACACUUUACCAGCUGACCGAGCGUGCAUUUGAAUAGAACAUUUAGUAUGAGAACAACACUGUUGGGCAAAGCCAUUAAGGCUCUGAUUAUUAGCAAGUGGCUAAUACAGUCAGGCAGUUUGUAAAGCUUUAGAGCUCUGCACCACUCAAACACACACAUCAAUCUCACCAACAGUGUGUGUCAACACGAGCUACGAUUACCAUACUAAUCCCACAGCAACACACAAGGGACCACAUGAGAUCAUUACAAUUAAGCAACUCAAAUGUAUUCCUUUUCUACACAAACAAUUGCUCCUUUUUUCAAUGUGCAGGGACUAAUAAGAUAUUUUUAACAAUCAGCAAAAUGUAGACGGCUGCUGAAACCUCAGGUACAUGUGCUAUCAUAGUUAAACACUUACACUUCGCUACAGAUGUUAUUCAGGCAACAAUUUUAUAGCACUUUAGUGAUAAUGACAUGCAAAUGUGUUAGGAGUGUGGGAGAUUUCAUGGUGUGUCAGUGGAGGAAGGGAUGCCUGAAGGGAUGUGUGGAUACAUGGUAUGUGUGCAUGAAUGUAUGUGUGUUUGAUUGUUAUCAGGGCGUACAGUGUUAUGUAAAAAGGCAGUUUUAGUACAGCAAGUAUACAUGUGCAGAAAAGAGGAAUUAUUUAUGUGUAUUGUUUGGUGGUUGUUUCUCAGAGGUGACAACAUGAAUGUAAUCUGGAUUAAACUGGUUUACACUUGUGUUUGAAGUGUUGUCAAUGUUGAAUGAAAUAGAAAAUGAUAUUAGGUUGGCAUUUUCUUAAAAUCUGUCCAUAAAAAAGUAAUGGACCUGGAAGAAAAAACUAAAACAUAGAGCCUGUUAUACCAUAUUUUUAGGGUGAUAAGGCGCACCAGAUUGUAAGGCGCAUUGGCUUAUUGAUUAGUUUAUUGUUGCUAGCGCGUACACCAGGCCCGGGCUGCCUUACAUGAAUGCACUCUUAGCUUAGAAAUUACAGUCAGGCAGUCUUGUAGACUGCUCAGGAGUCCUGUUAUGGGGCCGAUCAGGCAGUGACACAGCGUACUGUAAUGCACCAAAUAGCCAAUGAGCAGAGCGACUUUGUUACCUACCAAAGUCGUACUUAAACAUUUCGACAGAUUUUUGAGUGCACCGUACCAAAUAGAAUCGGUCAGUAAGCUCAACAAGUAAUCAUACACAAGGCGCGCUGGAUUAUAAGGCGCACUGCCAAUUUUUGAGAAAAUGUAAGGAUUUUAAUUGUGUCUUUUAGUCCGAAAAAUAUGAUACAUACUUUCCCAUAGGGCCUAGUCCCAUUACUCUUCAGGGUAACUUAAUCCUUCAAAGAACUCAGCAACUGAAAGAUCCAACCUUUGUAGCCUAUGAGGCUGAAUUGAAAUAAGGGACUCUAGUCUCACGUAAUUUUAACCCCUUCCCAUCGUUUUAAGUAUAAUUACAAGUUUUAAGGCAUUUUUAAUAUUUUUGUCACUCUCAGUGCCAUUUAGCUGAAACCAGAGAUUAGUGUGCUAAACUCGCUACAAGAAUCACAGCAUACUUUAUGUUGUUAUCACAAAAGAUGCACCUGAUACAAAGCCUUUGAGAUGAGACGGUCUCCAAAUGUGGAGACUAAAUGAUCGAGCCUGUGAAAAAAGACAGUUUAUGAAAAUAUCUUACAAAAGUUUCAGGGGUGUAUCCAAAGGGGUUGUCAGAGGUGACAUGUCCACCCCGAAAUCCUUAACCAUGAGUGGCCGAUUGCCUGUGUCAAAAUAAUUUUUUUAGCAGUGUUGCAACACACUGUAAACCCAAAUAAGUUCAGAAAACACAAACAUUUUGUCGUAACCCAUUACAUAAUAACUUUUAUGUUAUGCUGAUACAUUUAUUGAGUUACACUAUAUAUAAAAAAUAUGUGUUCAGUUGACUUAAUCUCGAUUCUAAGUUCAAUCUAUUUUUUUUUAAAUUACCUUAACUUAAUAUUUAUGUCUUCUUCAUACUUAAAUGAUUUGAUUGAAUGAUACGUAUAAAAACUAAAUUACAUGGACUUGAAAAAUUAACUGUACACAUUGUAUUACAUUAAAAGUAUUUACUCAAAAUAUUACACCUUAAUGAACCCAAAAUUUAUAACACUUGCCAUCUAAUGUUCAAGACCUGUUUUCAUUUGUAAUGCUCAAAACCAUGGAUGCUGGUGGCUUUAAAUCAGUGGAGCACAUUUUCUUAUACUCAUAAUUUGGAUAGUGACUUUAGGCAUACAUCUUCUCUUUAAGUCCUCAAAGAAUUAGGAUGGGAAGAUUGCUCAAGUGAAAAUAUACUCAUACAUCUGCGUAAUACUUUUGUCCACUUUCUCUCAAAAUUUAGAACAUUUUAUUUGUGUGUUUAUAUGGACGUCAAGGAGCCCUACAGUUAACAUUUUAUUACAAGAUUUAUAAACAUGAAAGUUAAGCUAUAACACAGGAGGUAUCAGCUAGGAUGAUGUUGAUUUUAAUAACAGUUAUUUUUUUACAUAAGUGUCUCGCUGAUUCACAAUAAUCUCCAACAGCAGCCUAUAGCUGAUGAAUUAAGCUGCUUUGUGUGACAGUAAGACCUAAAAGCAUUAACCUGGGACAUUAAUUAAUCCAUUAGUAAAUCUAUCCAAUCUAUUUGAGACAGACUUAUUGACAUAAUGUGAUUUGUCCUGUGUGACGUGGAGGCCCUAUUAACCCUACAUACUCUAUCCUGCUGCACUUUACACUUCAGGUAGAUCCUGAUUAGUUGUCAAAACUAAAACCACCCUCUGGUUUCAUGUAAUGACUUAAUGCAGCACCGCUCAUAAACUCACCCUCUGCAAAUCUGCAAGUUGAGCAGAUUUGGAGAAAAGGUGCUUUUCUAGGGCUUUAACAUCUUUCAUUGUCACCUGGCCUCUCUUUGGAAUUGGAAACGUGCUGGUGCUGCACAUUUGACUUUCACACAGACACACACUCUGACUCACCAUGCUAUCAUUGGGCUGUCCUCCAGUGUUUAUACGUGGGUCUGACAAUACUGUAGCACUGCAUGCAUGUCACACUGUCACAGCAAAGCGAGUGGAGGAGAAAGAGUGAGGGAGAGAGGGAUGGGGGAGGCUAAUUUUGGAUGCAUGGCAUGUGGAGUUAGGAUAACCAUCUUUUCUGCAGCUCUCUCCCACCACACUGUUUGUUCAAUUAUCAUUUACUGCAGGGAGAGAGAGGGAAAAAGGCAGAGGGAGAGAAGAGGAAGUGAAGAAGAGAAGAGCUACAGUGAAGGAAGAGGAGGGGGUGGAGGUGGAGGUGGUGCAGGGGAUGAGGAAGUAGAGGCAGAAGAGUUGGAGGGAGAAAAAGCACAAACAUUCUGUGCACAGUGGCAGGAAAGGGGGGGGGGGGGGGUGCAGAGGACACGGGGUGAGAUGUGGUGCAGAGCUGACAAGCAGAGCAAACACACACUGUCACAUAAAGGUGUCAGGUACAGUGUCACAUCCCAGCAGAACAUGACAAGCUCUGCUCAAAAAUGCCAGCAGUUCACACAACAUAAUCCCAUGAGGCUCGAGCAUUGAUAAACAUAAAAUCAGAGCGACGUAAUUUCCUUGUAGAACAGCUCUGAACAUGCAGGGUUCCUGUCAUGAAGCGCUGCUACUGUUUCUGCUUUGAUAGGUGUCUUCAGUUCAAGCGUAGCGCUGAAAAAAAAAAACUUUAUUUAAACAGACGUCUCCCAGCUCUCUGCAUGAGGUCCCAACCGUACCAAAUUGAGAUAUACAGAGAUGAAGCUUGAUCCAGCAGCUCCUCAAAUCUCCCCUCUUUCCUGCAUCCCCCCUUUUUAAAUCCUAAUCCUUCCCUCUCUGUCUUCUACAGCUCCCUCUCUUCCUCUACAGUCUCUUUCCCUCUCUCUCUCUCUCUCUGUACUUUUCCCCCUCUUCCAAGCCAGCUCUGGCUCCACUAUACCGAGCAAUUACAGAGAUGAUAUCCACUGUCAGUCAGCGGCUCACAGAUGAAGCCGGGCCUCUUUAACAUGCUAAUGGAACGCCAGAUUCAAUCAGGCCUUUGUAUGGCAGAGGCGAGGGCAGCGCUGCUCAUUAAAAAAUAAAUCAUAAUAACAAUGAGGGACAAGCUGCAAAGGCAAGCAGCACCGAAGCCACAGUGAUGAACUCUCCCCAUGUCUGAAAACACUGCUGGUCUGUGGUCCUCUUUCUAUCCGGCUUCUCUUCUUCUUGGUUGGACUGAAAGGUGGUGAGGGAGAGGGAAGGAAAGGGAGGAGAGAGUGGUGUUUGAGGGUGCAGACUCCCUGAAUCAUCUGACAAACAAAAAGAUGUGGAGUCAGCAGUCUGUCCUGUUUGCCUUUUCAAUUUUCGUCCCUCUGUUCUCACUCUCCAGUAAGGCAUCUGCGCAUACACGCAGCCAUGACACACACACCAAAUGUCCCUUGCUAAUUUGUGUGUUUUUCAUUUCACCGUGAGAGUACAAGGUCACUGUGAAGCACCACUCAGUAAGAAUGCAUGCACAUAAUAACAGGAGUGCUUAAUUGAUUGACUACAGAAAAAUGCAUGGACACUGUGUUAACUGUAUGUCUGUUAAUUUGUAAUCACAGAGUUUAUUGUCACCUGUUGCUACAUGCAAAGAAAAUAAAGAUUGACAGUUUGGGUAAUACAUUUUUCACACUCUAGUAAAGUGCAAAGCUAGGCAAACAGGCUGUGAAGGGAGCCUUACAGGGAGCCCAUCAAGUGACAGAUCAGAGUUAUUGAUUCCUUCAUCCAGGUCUCUGCUGGAAGGAGGAAAAGCACAUUUUCCUGAAUGACAAACUGCUGUUUUCUGGUUAGUAUCUUAUUUAACAUAACUUGAAUUAGAAGUGUGAAGAACAGGUCAAACAGAGGCAAAUCAAUAAUAGUUGACAGGUCUGAAUAUGGACCUUAAUUUGAAUUCCUCAGAGUUUUAAAGAAUCAUUCUGUUAUGACACUAUUCUUGGUAAAUCCUUAAGUACAUUGUUUGAGCAUCUGAUCUGUAUUUUACUUGACCAUUACUUUUUGGGGAAACUUUAUUUCCACUAACUUUGAAAGAUGAGAAUAAUACUCUGAAGAUAUUAAACAUACGGCUGUCAUGAUAUCAAGUUUUCACCUCACAAUAGACAUGAAAAAAAAAUACCACAAUAAUAAUUUUAAUGUAUACAUAUUAUUUUAAUUUGAAAAUAAAACAACUUAAUAAGCCAAACUGAGGAGAGGCCAGACGAGGCAAGAGCAACACAUAACUUCAUAAAUCUUGCCAAUAAACACAGUGAACUUACAUCCCUCAUCCAUUUUUUAAUGGUGCUCAAAUUUUAUGAUUUAUCCACUUCACCAGCCCUGUGACUGAAACUUGUCUGAAGAAGACAGUGUUCCAUUAAACGCUUGCUUGUCAUGCUUUUAUUCUGACAUAUUUUCCUGGCUUGCAUUUAGGUAUAUUUUAUUUUAUGCAUAGUAAAACCAUGCUUUUAUUUAAAAGUCAAGCCAUUUCCUGUAGAUCCUAAGUUUUGAAUAAAACUUAAAAAAAGUUUAAAAAACUUAAAAAAAAAUAAAAAUAAAAAAAAACUUUCCAACAUCUCUGAAUAUUUCAACUUUAUAAUUCCACAAUCAGACUUCUGAUAAGGCAUGCACUAUUGGAAAUUUUAAUGUUUAAAAUGGAAAGUCAUUUUUUAUACAGUGUGUGAAAAGGAUGGAUGAUGAUAACAACUUUCCUUUUAACAUCUGGGAUCCAAUCAAGAUCCAACUUCAAGCUGUGUUUGGGCCUAUAGAGGUUUCAACCGCACAUGCUCUUACAAUUGUCUGUUGUGUCUGCAGCCAGGUCCUUCUCCUUCAUUUAGCAGAGAGAGAUGUUGAUUCUCCACCUCACCUCAGUCACACAGAAUAAUCUGUAUCACUGAAGCUGAUUGCUUUUUUCUUUGACUGCCCACACUUCAUCUGCUCAUUGUACCAACAAACAUAAACUGUCAAAAUAAUUUACUUUUAGCUGCAGCACACACAGCAGAGUGUAAAGUGAAGAAGAGGCAGGAUGGGACUGUGUGCUCUGUUUUUUUAAAGUUACGAUAGGGCCGCUCACACAGGUUGGUUAAAGCUUUCAAUGCUUUUUUUUUUCUUUUUAAUGACAGAUGACAUACUGUAUAUGUUACACAGGUGGGACACAUGAAACCCUGGUCUCCCUGUCAGGUUCUCUUUGUCAAGAAUAAUAGCUAUAGGAAGACUGUUAGGUGUUGAAAUAAGAAUAGACUUGGAAUACUUACGUAAUAGAAUUUAAAAUAAGUGCAUGGGCUAUACAGUACAUUUACACUUUGAAUUCCUGCAUUUUCUAACGCGGCAAAAAACAUAACAGGUGAAAAUAUAUUGCAGUGUCAGUUCCUCUAACAUCAUGCAGCCAUUCAGACAUUGUAAAACGGUAUUAUAUUCAAUUUCCUGAAGACUAUGAAAUUAUAUGACCUUCCACUAGAGGACAAGUGCUUCAGCUAACGUCAGUAAGGUUAUGUUCUUAACUGGGAAAUGUCCUUAAAUAAGAAGUGAGGAAAAGUUCAUCUUUUUGCUUUACGGGUGAACCUCUGAUGUAACUCAGCUGUCACAUUAAACAAGCAUAUUGCACUGUGUUAAACGUCUGAUACCGUCAUUACUCACAUUACCAUGCUGCUUUGGAUAGCUGUUCAAAAGCCCGGCGCUCCUUUCAUCCAUGCCACGCUUUGUUUAAGAUCUCUCCACGGAGGUUUGAUUCAUAGAUGCUCACUUCCUUUUUUAAUUCAUCAUGCAUCAACAGUGGGAGAAUGCAAGUGUGUGUGUUUGUGUGUGUGCGUGUGAGUGUGCAGGUUUAUGUCCAUGUGUCUGUAGAGUGGGUAUUUAUUACAGCCAAGAUCAACCACAGCUCAUGAAUAAUGCAUCAGCUGCUAUCAGGGAAAAUAUGCUGAAUAUGGCUCAGCUGAACUGGGAUGUGUGGGUGGUGGUAUGAAAAAGCAUAGCGCUUGCUCUUAACUUAGCUUCUGCGUAAAAGACAAGAGGAGAAAAACACUGCUCUCCACUUUGACAAAUGAGCUCAGGUCUGCUUCAAGGAGGCUUCCUGUGCUGGGGGAAUUAGCAGCCUUGGAGAGUCCUUUUUUUGCGCCGGUUUUACUCACAAAGCCUCAAAUAUGAUACGUUUGGGCACAAUAUCAGGUGCUAUUUUAACCUCAAAAAUGAAUUGAGGCCUGUACGCACACCUCCCCAGCUGCCUCUCAAAUCUUUACAGGGGGACCUAAUGGAGGCUGAUUUAAACAAAAGUGUCAUUUGUGGUCACACCAAUGACAAGUGACAUUACAGAAAAGACCCCCCAGCACUUAAAGAGAUUGGGCUGUGCUUGGACCGCUCAGAGACGUACAGUGAGUGCCGUGUUGGAGGGGAGGACAUGCUCGUUUGUUGGCCUUCUUCAUAUUCAUAGACAACACACUGCAGGGCUGAAAUGAAAACGGUAGCUGUCAACUCCAUGAAGUCUCCUUCCCCCACUCUAUUAGGUUGAUAGCAUAUUGCCCUCUACCCUCCUUGGGGAGUGGGAGUCAAUGAAACAGACUGGCAAACCCUGAAAAAAGGGUAAUUCGUGUUUUUUUUUUUUUUUAAGCAUAGAGUAGGUUUUGAAAUAGCAUCACACCCCCCUUUUUAAAUACCCGUCUCCUCUCCCCCCUCCACCUAAAAGCUGGGGGUCUAAUCUCAUGGAGAAUCUGUUGCCUUUGUGUGCGUCCUCCAAAGUGUAUUUGGGCUGAUCCACCUGUUUGCGGCUGAGUGAUUGAAUUCCAUACCUGAGGGCACAGGUUUCUGGGAGGUGCAUGGGAAUAAAGUUGCCAGCUAUUGUUCCACCUGGGUGUGUGACCAUGUCUCGAACGAGAAGGGGAGGAGAUGGGAGGCACAUGUGGGUUUGGAUGGGGGCUGGGUUGUAAAAGAGGAGUGGAUAACAUCAGAGACGACAGAGGACAGGUGGAGAGGGAGGAGGGAGUAAAAGAGGGUACACAUGUUCCAGUAUGCUGCCUCCCUGGAAUAAGAAUGUCACCUUGUCCUUUUUCUGCCCCUCUCUCCCUUUUUUUCUGGUUUUCUCUUAGUCUCUACAUCCCUCUGUUCCUGUUGCAGUGUACUGAUAUACAGACAGCAUUUCCCUCCCCUUUCUACCAGUGCCAUAAGUCUAAUCUCCCUCUGCAGCAGUGGAUCACUGUCUUUCAACAGACACAACAAAGAAAUGCUCCUGUUCCUCAUCCACAGGAUUCCUGCAGUCCAUCCAUCAAUGACUCAGACACUGCCUACAGCUAGCCACAUUCAGACACAUCUCCAAUGGACAUCUCUGUGAUCAUCUUACAAACCUGACUGGCUCUCUGCCAAGGGAGGAGCAUUCAUUACAAAAGAAAAAUACAUAAAAAGACAGAAACCUGAGAAAGAAAGAGGGGGGAGAGCAGAGAAGAUAGAGAGGGGGAAUAUGGGACCUCCCCUACUGACUUUUUACGGUAGAUCCUGAUGCCACAGUCACCUGUUUUAUUUCUUAUCAAGUGUAAGAAAUACUUGUUGCUGUUUUAUCACCCCACUCUCAUCCCAAACUAAUAAAGACAGAUGGACUGUAUGUAAUAUAUAUCCACAUCUUAACUGAAUAACAUUACGCAGAUUCACAACUGAAUAAACAAGUUACUUUUAAUCACAUUAACUCAUUUGACAACUUAAUUAAGGUGACAUGCUUUCUGUAAUGAAAUCUGGGAACAUUCGGAGUGGGGGUGGGUGGGCUCGGUACUACUUUGUAGCAGCACACGCCCCCGGUAAUAACCCCCCAUAAAAAGUGCUGUUCAGGACUGUGUACUUUCCCCAUCUUUAAAUGCAAUUUCAUUGUGCACAGUUGCAAUGACAAUAAAAGACCAUACCAUACCAACAUGCUUACCCGUGCUUCCUACCUACUUAGCUACCAUAAUAACAGUUGUUCUAGUCUACAUGCAACAUUUUUGUUCUCAUUCACGAAACGCUUAAAUCGGGGACAUUUCCGGGGACAGCUUUAGCCAGGGACAAGUCAUCCAAUACAGGGACUGUCCCCAGAAAUAGGGGACGUCUGGUCACCUUAAAUUUAGUCAAAGGAAAUAUUCUGUUGGCGUAGCAGCGUGCUAGCACACUGUCCAGCUCUCUUUGUCUCUCUGAAAUCCAAGUCAAAAAGUUUUACAUAUGUUGCCUACAGACACUGAAUCCAUGAAAACAAAUCGAGGGUAACACCAGAGUAAAAGUUAGCUUACAUAGUUAGCUCAUAAAAGUAACACACAGGGUUUAGUUUGACGUUAGCUAGGCUAUGCUAAUGCUAGAAAGGCUGAAGUUGGAAAAACAAAAAACAACAACUGUGAAACAGUACACUGACAACAGCACAGGGGUGUGUUUGUGCAUAUUUUUGUUUUUGUUUUGUGUCUUUGUGUGAAUACUCUGCUGUAUUCCUCGUCUCUGCAGCGGCAUUACAUUGAGCCGCGCUGCCUUGCUCUCUCUGUGUUCCCAUCAUCCCUGGCUGUCCCCUCCCAUUAGCCCUGACAGCUAUUUGUCUGUCAUUACUGACCUCAAAACAGCACUAACAUUCUCAGUCACAACACGCACACAUACGUACACACACAUAAGAGCUGCACACUAGCUGAUCCUGGCACUGCAAAAUCAUUUCGUGCUGCAGUUUAGACCUAAUUGCAUGGUAUGCUUUCAUCACGCUAGGUGCUACAGAGAUAAGUAUCACAUUGGAAUGUAAUGAGGCUGAGGGCAACUCAGGCAUAUUUUCAUUAAGUCUAUUAAUCCAGUCUUGAAUGGGUUGGUGCAGGUUGCAACAUGUAGCCCAACAAUCGGCUACUCCCCCAAAGCAUCCUUAUUAUCAGAGCUGUCAUUGAUUUAAGGUGGAACUGCAGACAGACAGGAUAUCAUUUAUCUGAGGAGGAAAUAGAGACGUAUUAUUACAAUAGCCCACCUUUACUGCCCUUGGACGAAUAGAUGAUACAGCUUCAGUGCAAAAAAGACGAGGAAAAUUACUGAGUGAAAGGAUUUGGCUUUGCACAGCUGAUCGCAGUGCAACAACAUAUCUACAGUUUGGAUCAGGAAGGUCACAACCUGCUCUGGAGAGAACAGAUCAGCCCACUAGAUCCGCGUGCAUGUAUGCGCAUGUUAGCGUGUCUUUGUGUCCGUGCAGUGAUUUCACCAGCACACAAUCCCUUACCCCAGUCGCAAGUAACAAAAGCCAACAACCUCCCAAAGUUCAGUUGCUGCUGGACGGGGAGCCAGCAGGAGAUUUAUCUGAAGGAUUAAAGGGAAGUGGGUGUGCAUCUGCCUCUGCGGCCUGAGCACGUGCACCAGCCCUUGCGUGUAUUUGAUCACUGUGUAAUGUGGAUUUGAGGGUCAACAGGCAAUGUAGGCAAGGGAAACAAAGGUUGGGUGUCUUCUUACUCACUCAAUUCCAUUAUUUUUGCAUCAUACACCUCCUCCCUUAUUAGCUGCUAUCUGUCUUUUCUCUCUGUCUUACUUGGAAUCCCUAGUGAACUCCUCUCUGUCUACCAAAGAGACAGACUGGCAAUUAAAUCCUCCCAGCCUUGAUUCAGCUACUUAAGGAGAGAUCAAGGUAGGAUCUUUCGGGGGGCUGUUUGGGGCCUGCCACUGUCAUAUUAUCUCACCAGGGUGUCAUUACCAGCCUAUCCACUCUGUCAUUAUGUACAAUACUCCUACUUGGUAGACUGGAGGUUCACCCUGCCUUAUCUGUCUGGUAGGAGGUUAUUUCUUAUACUGUGAUCCUGCUUGAUCUAUUUGCAAAGGGCCAUAGGUGAGUCUCAGAAUUUGCAUGCGUGUUUACUUACAAGACGGGACAACCGAGAUGGAUGCAGACUUUGUUUUUCUUCAAUCCAAAAAAUGUCAGCAAUGCCUCCUAGACUUUGAUCCCUCACUGGAAGCUGCUUUAACUUUCUGUGACCCUAAUGUUGUUGCUGUACAGACUUUUUUUUUUCUUUUUCUAACCGCAAAGCAAAACAUCGCAUUUGCCCCAGUCUGUACUUUACUCGUAGCCUACAGUAUGAUGAAAUUAGCAAAAUUGCUGUUCUCCAAAUUGGUAGGUUGGUCCAAAUCUAAGAGACCUGCAAUUAGAGGGGAAAGUUCGACACCCUCAUUUUGAUGUAGAAAAAUGUGUCGAGAAACAAACAAGUUAGCCUCUGUAGUCGGGCCUCACAGAUGCUUACAAAAAUUCAAAAACAAAGCCAGUAUUCAUCUGCGCGUAGUUAAAAAAACCCAUCAUCCCUCUUUCUUUCUUUCUGGCACUGUGCUGUGUGGAGCUGUUUGCAGUUUUGUGAGUGUGUCUGUGUGCGUUGUCAUGGCUCUUACUGUCAUGCUUAUAUUUGGAUUAAGACCUCAGACAUGUUCUGACUGAUUCUGUGCACUGUGCUGAAGUCUUGCAUCAUUACACCGUAACCUAAGCUCACAAAACCUUUUUACACGACCCGGCAUACGGGCACACACACCUCUCUAUCAGAUAGACCCACACACGUUACAUACAACACAAAAGCAAGAGAUGCCAACUUGUAUUUGACGCAAUGAAACAAGAUCCAGCUUUCCUAGCUUUCCCUGCAUAAUCCCUACAUUUAAGCAUAGCAUAACACCAGCAGUUCCAGGCAGCAAAUCAAACAGAUCUUUAUCUACUUCCCCCUACCUUCCAUGCAAGUAUUAACCUUCACAGGAAGCUUCACACAUGCAUAUUGCAAUUAGAAAAGAUAAGGAGGAUCAAGUUUGAUACGCUUUUUGUGUUUCAUAAUAAAUCCAGGCACUAAAAUAGGAAUAUAAGUUUAAAGUGAUGCUCUGAAGUUUACAGAGGGGCUCAGGAGCACACUCUUGUGGUCACUUUUAGGCAAACCUGCAGAGGUUUUAGGGGGGACGUUGCAGGCUUUGCAUCAAGAUAGAGAGCUCGAGCGUCUCUGAAAUCCAAUCUGAGUUAUACAGUAUGACAGCUGUGUUGCACUCUUUCUUUGUUGAUACACAUCAUGCUCUUAGAGUCAGAUUACAGCCUGAAGACAAGCACUAAGGGCUAAAAACCUGUACUGCACACUGUGCUUGGAUUCUGGGGUUGCAGCUGAGGCAUUAUGCUUCUCCUAUGUGUCAGUGUGGAGAUGUACAGGCAAACUUUAAUGACUGUUAAUGCGUUGUAAUGGACACGGGAAUAAAGGCAUGUGUAGCGUGGCUGAAUAAUCCCUUAGAUGUGUUAAACUGAGCACAUUCAGACAGGAAGAGUGAAUUAAUCUGCCCGGGAUCAUGCAUUUGUCUACCAUGGAUGUGUGUGUGUCUGCCAACCUCAGUUGCUUCUUGAUGCCUCUGAGCGGGGCUUUGGCCAGGCGUGUGAUCCUGUUGAUUGCGCUUGGGGCCAGGUGAAAGGGAGGCGUACUGUCCUGCUGGGCCUGAGACGGGAUGAGAAUACUAAGCAGGACUACGACCAAAUUUUCAUUCUCUCUGGCCGUCCUGAUACCCCCCUGUCCCCUGCUCUAUCACACUGCCUUCACUGCUGAAAUGAAUUGGCUAUUCCAGUAGACCCAGGCACAGCUGUGUACAGAGCAGAAUACACACUGAGCUCAUCAUGUGGGAGAAAAAGAGGGAAUGAGAGUGACAUCAUAAGAGACAUGGAGGCAAGCAGACAGACAGAUGGCCAACUGUUUGCAACACAUUACAAGCAUAUGAAAGUGAAAACCAGCAGGGACAAAAAGGGAGAAAUACAACAGGUUUCUCUGGCCACAAACAGUGUAAUAACAACAACAAGACAGUCAUUCUAGGUCGUGAGAGUUCUCCUCCUCAGUGGUUAUGAAAUAGUCUGGAAACCCCAGUUUAUAUCUUUGCCUUGAAUUAGUCAACGUGCAGACAGCCAGCAUCCUCUGAACUGUCAGGCAGAGUCUGAAGCUCUGCUAAUGGUGCUCCAACAGUCCCGGUCUGGUGUGCUCUGUUCUGUGUGCAUGAGAAAGGAGGAGAGAAAGAGAGAGAGAGAGGGGGAAAAAAGAGAUUUGAUGAGUGAGUCUAUGUUGGGGGUUAUGUUGAGGAAGCUCCCAGUGCAGCCCUCGGUCUCUUUAAAUCAUCUCACUGACUCAGAGUUCUCUCAAUAAUGCAUACAUAAGCUGAGGGCAGGUUUUCUCAAGAUUUAGAGCCGGCAGUUAGUCUGAAAUCUCAAAGCCCCACACACUCCAGCUUGACGAAGUAAAUUACCAAUGCCGCACAGAUAAUUGCUAAAGCUGCUGCAUGGCACAAAACUUUGAGAUGCCAAAAAAUAUUUCUUUCUUGUCAUUUCAAGAUGUUAAUCCCAUUCAGGGCUUGUGUAAUCAUGUGGUUGAAAUCUUGAACAUUUUGUUGGCUAUCAUCUAACCUAUCAGCUAUACGAGGAAGUAGUCAUCUAAUGUUCCUCUUUUCAGGGCUGUGUGCAGGACAGGUGCCUGCUUCACAUCCCAGCAGAAAGGCAAGCUGGCAGCCCGACUGUUACCACCUCCUUCUCCCGGCCUUUUGCUGCCAACCAGCCUGGCACAUCUGUGUCUGUCCAGCAUGCCCGCUGCCAACUACCCUGCUCCCAUUGUUCUCUCCUGAAUGCACCCGACGCCCACGGGAAAGAGGGCUGAACACAGUGUGGCACAACCUACACAGCCUGUUAGAUAAUCUCAAGACAUGAAAAGAUUCUCCUAGCCUAGAUUUUAGAAACAGCAUUUUGUCUCAAAACAUAGACGAGGGAAACACCCGCUGGGGAUUCUUCCUCAAUCAGCCUCAGUUUCCAGUUAUAAAUUCAAUGGAGUGAGCAUAAUCCUGCCUGAGCAUAAUUAUCUGACAUAGAUUUGAUGAGAUUAUCAUUUAUAAUUCACAGAACACUUUUGAUGGGAAAAUCACUGUUAUUUUUACUUGAUAUGCUAGUUGAAAUAGUUUCUUAGCCUAUUCUUACUCAUUGUUACUCUGAUUUAUAAAAAGCAUGAAAAAAACAAGCAAAACUACAUGAUAAAGCUGAACCCUGCAUCUGUUAUUUGCACUCAUAGGAGAGAAGUUGCAUUGAUUUGUGUUGUAUAAGUGUAUGUGGUCUACAUGUUUAUAAUAAAUGCAUUCCCAAGCGGAGGUGGGGAUGUGGCCAAUAGUGGAUUUAUCAGGGCCAUGCAGGCUGGCAAAUUAUUCUAAAUAGGAGAAUCAGUCGCUCUGUGCCUUUGAUCUGUCUUCUGCCUGCUCUCUAAUUUUAACCCUCCUUCUUUCCCCCCUCUGUACACUCCAUCUAUACUGCAGCAGUUUUAUCUUUAACCCUUUCCCUUCUACUUACAUCUGCAGAAAAUAGGCUUGUCAUUUAUCUGUUAUAUGUGAGAAGACUGCAUUAGCAUAGGGUUUAUGGUUGCUUUUUUAGUAUACACUGUUACUGCCAUUUUCUAUUCAUGAUAUAUGCUAAGAAUUAAGUUUUGAUGACUACAUUAAUAGUAUUAUAUUUGAUAGUUCUGUAUUUUAAUUUCAUUUGUCCAGUUCAUAUUGAAUACAGAAUACAUAAGGGUUAAAAGUAUAUUUUGUAUCUUACGUUUGUAUGCGUCAGGGCAGACCUAUGUCAUUGUUAUUUUUUGAUUGACUGUUCUGUAUUGAGGGGCAGUUGUUCAGUAAAGGAUGGAGGCGACACACCAUUUCUACUGUCGUUAAACCAUAUACACGUGUAGUCUCGUUAUUUCUGUCCAGCGGUGAAUUUAAGAAGUAUCAUAAGAAUGAAAACCGAGUGAAACAACACGGAUACUUUCAGCCACUACAUACACAUAUAAUGUUAAAUCCUCUUGUCCAACCGGUAUACCUAUGUGCCAAACCCCUUUCUGCAGCCAUAAUCUAAAUUUAAAUAAACAUUAAAGACUAUUUCUUCUUAAAGAUAGCACUGUGAACCUACACAUGCACAUUUAAAGCAAGCCCCUGGCUACACAGCCGAACCCUCUGGCAGAUCCCCACAGGCUGUUUAAGAGCUCUGAUUAUGGCCCUUGCGAGCCUGGUAGGAUUCCUGGCGUGUCAGAGGAUUUAACAGCAUCCAAAUCACUGUCCGACUCCUCUCAGCUCUUCCAGAGUGGCCUGUCCGUCACUCUGUCUGUCUCACAGUGAUCAGGCUACAGCAGCAGUCGAUAGGGAGAGUACAGAGAAUACACAGAGGGGAGAUAGGUUUGCUCUCUGUAGCAGUGGCUUUAUUGCCGCUUUCUGUCAUUUUCAUUAUUGUUGGUUAUUCUGUCUACAAUAUUAUUUGGUUUCAUUAGUUCAUUUAGAUUGAGUUAAUCCAUAAAAUGCUUAAAGUGUACAAAUUGUCUCACAACACAAAAAUAUUACAUUUUUGUCCUUCUCAAAUCAUCAAAUACAAGAAGCUUUGGUUUAGGCAUUUUGAUUCAGUGUAACUAAUUGUCCUUUUUUUCUUGGCCAUGAAUAACCUCAUGGUAAAUCAUUUCAUCGUUUAGUGUUUGUGUUGUGGUUAAACUUGUGUGUGCAUCGUUGCCCUGCAGUCAUCAUUUUCUGUGGUUUUAUUAAGUCACUUUUUUUUUUUUUCUGUUACUAUAACACCUUUUUUUUAUACAUAUAAGAAACACGUGACUUAUCAUUUAAUAAGCUCUGGCUCUUAUGUGAGAUAUUGUCAGUGUUCACAGCAGAGUCUGGUGGGACCACCUUCAAACAUUCACUUAUGCAUACAUGCUCUCCAAACAUACGCACAGAACUUGUUCAGGUUGCAAAGAUGCACUCCUCUUCCCACAUGCCGUGAUUUCUUUGAUUUAUAUUGUGAGAUGGUCCCAGAAGACAUGUUAAAGUUAAUGGGGUAAUUACACAGUGGGAGACGAAAGCAGCCACAGUUGUGAUUUAUACUCAUAGACAAACACACACGCUUCUUCACACAGACACACACACAUGCAGUCCCUGAUGGGAAAAGCUCUGUCUUUGCUCCAAGGACGGCUGCUCUCCUUUCUCUCUGCUUCCUGCUCCUUACUUCGUUUCCCUCCUUCAGCUCUCAGCUCCUCCUGCCGCUGCUGCAGAGACACGUUCUGUACCCAGGUCAGCCAAAUCUCUGCGUUUGUCUGCCUGCCAGAGGCGGCCUGACCUACUGCCAGGAACAGACUUCAUGUUCAAGUGCAGACUCACUGGGGAGCUGCAAACAUUACUACUGUGCAGGAGCCACAGACAGGAGCUCAGGCCAGGUAUCAACAUGCAGUGUAGUGUCAUGAUAAAUGCAGUCAAGUGGCAGAGUAUUAGUCAUGUUGUUAGUGGCGCAGCCCCAGAGGAGGAGCUGCCUUCAUCACUCAUGGAGGUAGCGGUGGAGAACUGAGCAACAACAGGACCUCCUAUCUUCUCUCAUCACAACAAACAUAGCCCGGGAGUCACUACGGAGUCCUUGAAGGAACUACAUGCCUGUAUUCAUGAGAAAUUUUGACUGUGCAUAUUAAAAAAGAACAGUUUGACGUUACUUUUUAGGAUGCUUACUGUAGAGGAAUGAAGGUACGUUAAAAGAUUGUUGAGUCACCAUGCAAUGAUGCAACCAGCAGACCAGCAAGGCCUCAAAGAGUUGACUGUGUGUCUGUUAGCAUGGCUUUUUGCAUCAUUAGACGUGUUUAGCCUACUAGGGCUGUAAAGUCCUAGGCGACCGGUCGACUUAUUGGUCGAUACUAUAGACUGUAUAUAGAAUCGACGCUCUCUGCCUCCUAGCUGAGUAAAGCCACUCCAAGAACAGCACCCUCUUGUGACAGGCUGCAGUAUAGGUCAUAAAACCCACCUCUGCCAGCCAAACUUAUGGAGCUGUGGACAAACUUUAGAAAUUUAUUACGCAGAACAUUAUUUUUUUCCCCCUCCUGCUUGCGAUGUUGACAUGUAGUUAUUGUAAGACUGGUUUGUGCUCAAGUCCUCUUUUUUCUGUACAGCUCAGAUUUUUAAAGUUAUUAGGAGGCUCAUGUUUUCUAUGAUUGACACUUGAUACAGACUGUGGGCGUACAAGGAUUGCAUAGCUCACCUGGGGAGUACGCUGUUUGAGCCGAGUGUCAUCACAGCGACUCUCGGCGACUCUCCCGCCGAAUGCUCACAAUGCUACGCAAUGCUGCGCAAUGUUGGUUUCAGGAAAUGGAGAGAAAAAGCGGAAUUACCAGUCUACGCUCGAUAGGUGCUGAGUUGACCAAAAUUCUGAUUGGUCGACUCAAUUUUUUCUGCGUCAAUUUACAGUCCAUGGUUUAUUUCAUCAAAAGGAACGCACUAAGUGCUAAUGGUUUCACAGGUAACAGCCUGUUUCAGAGCAUCCCCCUUGUUUUCAACAUUUUGGGUUUGCCCAACCCACUGGAGAUCGGCAAGUGACAGGAAGAUUGAAGAGCGUCCAUGUUAAUCAACCUUUCUGUGGUUUGCUAAAUAUUUAUUUUUAUUUUGAGCUUUUCAACUUGCCUUCUGUGUUUCAUUGCCUUCUUGUGAUGAUAUCAGUAUAUUUUCACCCCGCAGAGCCGCGCUCCACCAGACCGCGUCGCCCCUCCCCCCCAUUAGUUAAUUUUUGGUCGGAAAUUUCGGGGUUUUAGUCGACCAAGAAUUUCUGUGGUUGAUUAAAGCCCUAGUGUUUACUUGUUUAUAUUUUUGGUUUAUUCAAAAAGAGAAAAAUUUCACGCCCAACUAGAGGUAAUGAUGCAGUCCUCUCCUCCUUGAGGCGCACAGAUGCACAGAAGAAGGCAGCUGGCCUUCAGCUGAGACAGCACUUUCACACAGUCUGACAAAGUCAAUCUCCCUCGCUCUAUCUCUUUCCCUCCCACUCGCUCUAAUCCAAACUUUGUAGACUGCCUCUGCUAACACCCUCUUCCUCCAGUGCGGCAGCAAUAUUAUUUCCUCUGAUCACUUUCGCUUGACAUAAAGCUUGGUGAAAAAGGCAGAGGUGUCAAAUAAUGCACAAAUUACCAUGUGAAAGUGUGGAGGCAGGUAGAGAUGAAUUGCAGAGCGAGGGACGGCAAAAAAGUAACCGAGCAAAAGAGUAGCUUAGAGAAAUCCUAAAAAAAAGGAGAGCGGCAAAGCUUUAAGUCUCAGGGGAAUUUGAAAGCCACAGAAAUCCAGUUGCGGAUAUUAAGAGGCUUAAUCUAAGAGCUUGCUGAGGCUGAGUUUUGCUGUGUGGGCCCCAUCACUAUCAUCCUUGACAGAGGUUAAAGAGGAGACGAGGGGGAUAAGGAGGAGAGGAGGAGAAGGCAGAUGGGAGCAGUGGUGAGAAUAGGGAGCCAUGUAUCAUUAUGACAGCCUUGCAUGCUUUUUUAAGGAGAAUUAAACAUCAAUAAAGUGCAGAAGUAUGUGCUUAUUUUGUUAUUUAUGUGGGCAUAUGUAGGAUAACCUUGCAGUUAAGGGACGGCACUGUGAAAAGAUGUAAGCAGCAGGGUGCUUAGAGUCAGAGCGAGGGAACAUGAGCCAGACAUGACAGGAGGAAUAACAAUGUAUGAUUCAUUCACUUCAUAAUUAGAUACAACCAACUAAGUGAUCCAACUUUAGUGCUCGAGUCAAGACGACAGAAAGCAACACAUGCUGAGAUGAAACUCAUUAUCAUCAAACUGCAGAUGUGUCCCAGGAGAAAGGAGGAGAAGAGAGGAGACUUGGAAGCAGGUGGAUAAGAGGGAUCCCCACUUCCUCUGUGCCGGUCUUUUCUUCUCCUCUCCUUGCUUCAUUUGAUGUGAAUGUUUCACCGAAUGAAAUGCUUCAGUGAUGUGAAUUCCACAGAGCACACAAACCCCUCAGCAUCACAGCAUCUGCUCACAGUAGUGGUGUUGCACUUCAGUGUUUCACUCUUGUCAACUUGUCAGGAAAAACAGAGAGUCUGUCCAAAGCAAUCAUUGGAGCAGCUUUAACAGCACAAAUGCUGCUUUUUUUCCCCUCACUGUUUAGAGAAUGCCUGAUCCACUGGGUGCCACAUAGCUUUGCUCUAUCUGCAGAGAAAUAAUUGCUUUGCAGUGCAAUUAUGCCUCAUUGUGCUUUUUGGAUUUCAGCUGCAUGAAACAACAGUGUUCAAUCUUUAAUAAGCCACAUAAUACAAUUGCUUCUGUCUGUCACGCUAUUCUCAGUAUUUGCCAAAAGUCUCUUCAUUGUCAAAACAAACUGGAAACUUCCCUAAAAUCCAUUCCUUUUUAUAAAGUCAGGAUAAAUGUAUCUUUGUCUUUCUUUUUUUUGGGCCUAGGAGGCAUAAACCGGGCCGGGGCAGCGGUGCCAACAUUCUUGCGGACCCCCACAGUGAUCCAGCCACACCUGGACAUGAAGCCCUUCCUCCAGUUUCCCAUGGAGACCGCUCCUCCUCCACACAGCAUGAGCCUCUUCCACAACUUCAACACGGUGAGGACUGAUGCAGUCACAUAUACAGCAGUCUUUAACGUCUCCAUUUCAACAUGGAAAGGCAGCAGUUUAUAUGAUUUGGGGCAAACUUUGAGUCAGGUGGAAUAAGUAGAUGUUUCCAUUGACCUCCACAAUGCUAGAGUAUGUAUGUAAUUGUUGCUGACUAGUUUUAAACUGUAUCCUAGGAUUGUUGAAAAGCUGCUGUAGCUAAAUGAAGACUGCAUAUUUUGUUAGAAAGGCCACGCUGCAGGUAGUGGUGCAAGGGAAAAAGAGCUUCAUGGGGGGUUUGAUUGUUUGAUGCAGGUGUAUCUAAUCAAUAUUUUUGAUUAGACAGCCAAAAACAAAUAACAUUACCACAGAAAAAUACAGAUUCAAACAUUCCAGGUAUCUAAUCAAAGUGUGAGUUAUUAAAAGGACACAUUCUAUACAAAUAAUUAAUUAAAAAUACACAAUUAAUUCCAUGUUUAACCCCUGAACAAUAAAAUGUAAAUGCAAACCAAGCAUACACAAAAUAAAACAACCGCUAGCAAUGAAAAUCCAAAUGCAGCAUUAGCUGUGAUCAAAAGAGACUCUCACUGCACACUGUCAAAAUAUAGUGGUUAAAGCACCAGUAAGGAGUUAUUAUAUAUUUAUGAAAUAGACCAAAAUUCAUACUGAGGCCUUUUUAUGAUAUUCAAAAGCAAAAAAAGACCCCAAGUAACAAGUCUGGAAAUUAGUAUAUUGUUGUUUUUAGUGCCUGAAACAGGUGUGAGGGGGUAGGUGUCAGCCAAGAAGGGACAGCCCUGUUCUCACAUGAAUUAUUUACUAUGGAUGAAACAUUUGACCGUGGGAAGUCAGCAGAAAAAUGAACAAAGACUGCUUUGUCCACCAAGGAUGCCUGUUAACACAUCGAAAGUUCCUUACAGGAGCUUUAAGCAGCUUCAUUUAAUUAAUCACUGGAACAACCCCAGACAGGUCCUCAAGCUAGCAUCUGCCUGAAGCACACAGCACAGAACAAAAGUAACUCACUUCAAGCCCAGUAUGCUAAAUUUCAGCUAGGCUAGACAUUUCUCUUCUUCACUUUCCUCCUCACUGUCAUCAUGUGUGACAACACCUCAUCAGAAAUUAGCACCCUCCUGCUGACAUCUGUAUCAUUUUUGUGUUGCUACUCACAUCAUCCAGUUUAUCUUUGUUGCUAUUGUUGAUGGGAAGAGAAACACAGUUCAUCAUUAGUCUUUCACAAGAAGCAGUUGAAAUAAUGCAGCUUAAGUUAUUACCUAUAUUCAGUCAUGCAUAGAUAGAUAGAUAGAUAGAUAGAUAGAUAGAUAGAUAGAUAGAUAGAUAGAUAGAUAGACAGACAGACAGACAGACAGACAGACAGACAGACAGACAGACAGACUUUAUUGAUCCCAAACUGGGAAAUUCACAAUUUCUUCCAAUAAUAUGCCUAUAAAUCUGUCAGAAUGCACCACAACUGGGAGAGGUGAACAGUUAAUAUCAUCCACAUCAUUGUAAGAACACUAUCAUAUUCAGUCUUAGGUGUUUUUUAGGACAAAAUGUAAGCUACAUUGAUGCCUCUAUAUGUAGACUUAUGCACAGUUUCAUAAAUAUUUACAUCUCAAUAUAACCGCAGAGUCGAGGAGCUCAUGACCUGGCUGGCCCCUCCUUCUCAUCACUGUAAGAAAAUUAAGAUACUCUCUUACCACGGUAUUAUUUCUUGUACUUUUUUCUUUUUCUUAACUUAAGCACAGAAUUAGGGCAGUUCUGAGGCCAUCUUUAUAGCCGUGUACUUCAAACACUGCAGUUUGUUUGAUGUGGUAUUUAUUUUAAUGGAGAGGGAUCUUCCUGUUCCCCGGGCCCUGACUAACAUCUGAUCAUUACUAUGAGACCGUAGAGACAUUUAGCAUUUUACUAACUCAGCAUAUUGCACUGCCUGUUCCUCCAGACACCAUUAGGGAUUGUCAACACAGUUCUUGUCAGCAAUAUGUAAAAUCUAUGAACUCUGUAUGUACUGUAAAUGGGGCAGUGCUUUUCUUGGAUAAUGUCUGAGUUAUUCUCUGGUCUACAGAGGGCAGACUCUGCAGUCUCCUGUUACUAAUUGGAAAUAUCUUGCAUGUGCUUAAACCUGGUGUGGUAGCCUGGUAACAUGUGUCCAGACACUGUUAAAUACUUUUUAAUGAUGCAGUCAUUUUAAUAGGCCUCCAUGGGCCAUGACAUAAGUGGAAGUAUUCUCACUGAUGUUAAAAGUGCAGGGCACCCAGCAGACAUGGAUUAAUAGAGAUACUGAAGUGAUGCAGCCGCUCAGUUUCCACUCCUGCGUCUGCUUCUAAAGCCCUGAAAUCAUACUUGCUUUGCUCUUUCUUCAUCCCUCACUCUGACCCUGAAAUUUCUCCCUCUUUCAUCCUUUAAUAGUCCCUUGAUCCCAGGCCUAAUAUUCAGAGCUGCAUCUCUGUAAAUGUUGACAGUGAGCCGGCCAUGAGUGAUGUUUUUCAGCCCUGUGGCCAGGAGAGGGGGCCAUAGGAGAGGGUUGGAGGACAUUCUGACCUUAGAGCUCCACUGCAAACUGUUAUGAAGAGGAGGUUCAAAUUCUUACACUGUGUUGUGUUAAAAACAGCGACAGAGUAAACAUUAACCCUCAUUGUAUAGUUGCUAAGUGACUCAAAAGUUAGCUGUUGUAGGGCCAAAUUUGAUAACGGGAUUUGCCAGGCUGCCAGACAUUUACUCUUCAUAUUUUUAAAUGGUGAAGCCAGGAAUUUAUAAUGUGGUUAUCAUUUUUUAGCUCAAAACAAAUAUGCUGUUGACAGCAACUCAAGGUUGUCUUUCACUUUAAACUUUUGUAAAACUCUCCUGAUACAUCUCUGUUUAAAAGGAGCAUUUAAGAAUAAAAGAUUCAGCCCUUCGCUGCCAUUUGAACAGGUCUGUCUUAGCUGAAGAGUGUCUAAUAGCUGAGGUGUGUAUACUAUACUUUGUAAAAUUAGCAAAUUUGAAUAAACAAAGAUAAAACCUUAGUUGCUGCUAUUGAAUAUUUUGUCUUGAUGCUUUUCUUUGAAGGCCUUUUUUGCCCCCAGCUCUCCCUGAGUUGUUUUUUAUUUAUGUUUAAUUCAGUGUUGUGUAGUUGAGUCAAUUUACACAGGAAGAAAGAGUGUACCAGAGCGAAUGUUUGCGGCUCUGUUUACAUCAGUGACCGUAUUUUAUGGCUUGUUGGGCUUUUAGGCAGAGGAAUGCGUAAACAAUCAGGAGGACUCCCCCUCUCGACAUGAGGCUAUGAAUGAAGGGUAGACCAUUUCAAAUUCAAAGCACCCCUCUUCGAUGCCUUUUGGUGUCUGUCUCUGCCACAAUAUGAAUAUGCACAACACUUCAGUGAAGACCUAGUAUAAUAGCAGUAAUAACACAGAGAAAUGUCUGUGCUCUGCGCUGGCAGCAAGUUAUUCUAUCAUUCUCUCUUAAUAAGUGAUCUGUACUGAGUGUGUACAGUCCUAAUGAGGCUCAUAUCAAAGGUUAUUAGCCCCCAAAGUAGGGGAAUGGCCUCUCCUACAGCUAUAUACAGCUUUUAUGUUCCGCUAAUAUGAUUUGUCCUCUACCUGCCUGUCUUACCCAAUGUGACAUGGGGACAGUGACGAGGCUGAAUUAUUUAUCUGCAGCAGCUGGGCCUGAGACAGCAGCACGCUCUCUCAGCCCUGGUGUGGACUUACUCAGGCUGCAGAGUCAGGAAUUUUAGAAGAAGGUGUCCAAUCAUGCAAACAUGCCUACAGACUUGUUGAUUCUUAACUCAUAUCAAUCCUCCUGAAUCUUGUCUUUGUUCUAGUUCCAUAACUUACUCUCGAACAUCAUGCAUCCUGCUGCAUCACUAUUCUUUAUCCAUCAAAAUAUACACAGUAUUAGUCUAUUCCAGCUCCUAAUGCCGUAUUUAGAGAUUGUAGUUUUUGCACACCUCAGGUCAAAAAAGACUAAAAUGUAGGGACAUAAUAUUCAGCACUUGUGCUUUUUGAUGUUUAAGACUUUAUCCAGCCUCUGGGUCAUCAGACUAAGCAUACUGACCAGACUAACACGUCAGUGGAAAGGCUUAUGUCAGCGUUGUUGGUCGGAAGGUGGAUUUGUGUAGAGGAUAUCAUAAGGGCAGGUAGUGGAUAAGUUUGCAAAGUGACAGAGAUUCAGAUUACAGUUCAAAAUUUGCCAUUAGCUGUCAAAAUUCUUGGUCUUCUACCCCAGAAAAGUGUUAUAAAUUCAGUCAUUUUGUCCUUAGUCAUUUUGUCCUUAGUCACUCAAAUUUGCACUUUGACACUCGCUGUUUGUCGUUGAGUGCAAAUACUAGCUAUGGAUACAGCUGCCUUGCAUUUCUUCAAUAGGCUAGAUGUUUCUUGGUAGUUUUUGUGUUAAAACUUGAAUACUUUUUUUCCUCCUCUCAGAAUAGUUGCAGCAAAAGUUUCAAAAAUGUCCAUUGCACUAGGAUGAAAAACAUACACACUAUCACUGUCCUUAAUACUCUCUUAUUAGCUUGUUGCAGCUUCACUUCUCUGUAUGUAAUGGUUUAAAGACUGCCCAAUAUUGUGUUUUAAUGCACAGCUUGUUAGUGAGUAAACAAAAGCAACUAUUUCAAGAAAUAAAUUUGCAUAUUUUAUAUUAUUAAUUCUAAUUAUAAAAUCCCUAUUGAUGAUUUAUUGAACUGAUCCUCUCUGUAAUAGGGGUGUCCCGAUACAAUAUUGAUAUUGGAUAAUGGUCCGAUAUCAAUAACGAAUAUCGGAUUACAUCGGCCUGCAUCUAAAAUCUCCGAUAUCAGCACUCCGAUACAAGCAGUCCAUUCCAGACUCCACUCCGGCACCUCUAUCUAGCAGUGCCCUGAUCCAGCAAGCUGAGCCCACAACAUCACAACUACAGUGUGUACUAAGGUACUAACAAAGAAGCAAGGAGUAGGAGUGAUAUCGGCCUUGUGGCAGUAUUUUUGUUUAAGUCUGAAAAAGACAUUGCAGCUGAGUGAAAAACUUGUCAUGCAUAAUUUUAUGCCAAUAUCGGAUCAAUAUUGGUAUCGGUCAAUAUUGAAGGCUACAAUAUUGGUAUCAUACCAGAAGUCAAAAAGUUGUAUCGGGACACCCCUACUCUGUUCUAUUAACAGAACAGUGUUUUACAAAAAUAGAACAGGAAACCCAAACACAGCUGAGGCUCAUAAAUGUGGGUCAUAAAUAUUGACAUUUUAAAUAAAGGUUUUAAAAAGAUGAGAACAAAAGGAGCAGAGGUAUACUUACAUAUAUCCAAUAACUUAAGAAAUUCCAUACAUUUGUGAUUCGACCUCGAUAAGUACACAGAAAUUAAAGGUUUAAGCAGAAAUUUAAACAAAAAAUAGAUCUUUUAUAUUUGUAACCAUGCUGUUGGCUUCACAGUACGUGUUCCUGAAUCUGCUCCUGACUUAUUGAUUAAGGUUUCCUCAUGUAUCACACCCACUGCCUGUUAGAUUUGUAAAACGUAGACCACGCUUUGCCCAUGGUACUUUAGAGUCUCUGUGUGCUCAAAUGUGUCUAAAACUCUUUAAACAACUGUAGCUAAAGCCACGGAGGAGUCCUGUUGUGUGGGUGUGUUUAUUCAUGUGUGGACUGGACGGGGUGUUAGAGGCUCGGGCUAAAGCUCCAGCGGCUGGUGAUGACAUUUGAUAGAUGGUGUGAACUUUGGGGAAGAGGGGGAUAGUUCAGCAGGAGGAGAGGGGGACAAACACAGGCAUGCACAUACACACACAUUCACAAUCCUGGCUGCAUCUGGACUGAUUGUGUAUGCAUGAAGAAGCAAGGAGAGAGAGAAAGAGAGAGAGAAGGGGAGGAGAAAACUGAGGGAAAAGCUCUACAGGGUGGCGUGAGGCAGAGGAAGCAAGAGCAGCUGAGGGGAGAGGAGAAGGAGGCUGAACUUAUGGGACAGACACUUGUAGGGUGAUGUGUCAGUGAAAAAAGGGAGAGCGAAGGAGAAUACUUUCAGAAUUCAGUGAAAGAUUUCCAAAAAGAGGCAGGGAGCGUGCUUAAAAAAGAAAAAACAGAAAUAUUUGCUGGCAACGCAUCUCUAGGCACAAGCCCUACUUCUUAGAGUGAGUUUCGAUUUCAACAUUAACAACCAACUAGGAGGCUGAAUGAGUGAGGAAGGAGCACCAUACACUCUCAGCCUUGCACAUGCUGAGACACAAACACACACCUCGGCCAACAGCAGUAGCAGCAGCAGCACACACACAGGAGGACCAAUGCAGCUCCAAGCUUCUGCAGACACAGAGGAGAGGAAGGUGAGUGCCUCUAUGCCUGGAGAUUUUUAGAGCUGCUUUUUUGUAUUUCCUCCAAGUGUGUCUCUUCCAUCUGGGCACAACUAAAAAGUGCUGUAGACUUUAGAGCUUCAAAGCCUUUUGUGAAAAUCUGGAGCGGUGCAGACUUCACCAUGACUGCCAGAGAGGUCCCACAGAGAGAUGUGUGCAUUCCUCGCAGCUGGAAUUGAACGCUACCAAAUAUUUUGUUGCCGGAAAAUGAUCAAACAUGUUGAAAGAUGAGACAAAAACGAGAUGAAAGAGGGAAAGACAAAGAGAAAGGAAAGGGAGAGAAGAGGAUGAGAGUGGGAUAAGGUGCAUGCAGUUGCAGAGAUGCUUGGGGGCUCUCCGCUCAGUGUUCACAAAGAGCAGAGUGGGUUGUAGCAUCUCCAGGCACUGUGGAGCUCUGAUGACCAGAGUGAUGCAAAAAUCAGAGCUCCUUCUAUACUGGAAAAACAAAACCAACUCACUUACAUACAUUUAUUAAAGUGACAAUCAAGUGAAUAAUUCAUCAUUCAGAUACAAACAACUAAAUAUUCUUCUAUUAAUGCAUGAAAAAAAGAGCAGUCAGUUCGUGUCAGUCUGCAUAGGUUUUGGAAAAUCCCUCCACAAUUACAUCACAAAGCUCUGCUCCUAUUUCAUGACAUAUUUUGCGAAGCAUUUGGGUAAGAGGCCAUGUAAGCUGCUGUCCAAAAACGCUUGCUGGCAGCUGUUCGGUGUUUUUAACAGCUGAAUCAACUGGAUGGAUCAUAACUGACCCACACCCUGUCCUGCAGCGACGAACUGGGCUGAAAAACCCAUGAAUCAUCAUGUACAGUUACUCCACUGAGUCUGUCCAGUCCUUAUUCAACUUUGCAGAGAGGGGGUCACUCUUCGGACAUCCACACAGAAUUGUAAAAAGUGUGACUAGAGUUGGGGUAAAAUAGGGCAAGAGUUACUCAUCAGGAUGAAAAAGUGAAGUGUUUUGAUGAAACUGUUGAAACUGAAACUGUUUCUGUGGUUCCUCAGACACAUGCAGUCAAAGUCCUAAUUUAGAGAAACGGCACCAGCAGACACCACAUGAGUCUGUUUCUUGGGAGAGAGGAGGACGUAUCCAUGGAACGUGGAGUAUGGGAAAGAGAGCCAAAUUAGAUAAGAGUGUGCAUUGUGAAAGUCUAGCCUGGGCCCCCUCUCUCUUUCUCUGAACUUUCUGGGCUCUUUCCCAUUUUUCCUCCUUUUCUCUUUCUAUCUCCCCCCAUCCAUCUCCUUCCUCUCCUGAUCUCUUGCUCCUCUGUUCCCCCAGAUGGUGUGUUUCUGGACGCUCCUGUCACCUAAGCUAAAUGUUUCAGGCUUCCUCCUCGUUUUUUUCUUCUUCUCUCUCUCGCUCUGUUUACGCUGUUUCUCCGGGGUUGCCGGGUUACGAGCACCAUGCAGAAAUUCGCAUUGUGAGUGCUUGAGUUAUGAGAAUAUUUAUUCUUGCCCUUCUUUUCUCUCCUGUCUUUGCUAAGCCAAAGUCUUCUGGAGCCAUUUGUGUGUCUCAUGAGACUAAACUCAGGGUGCUAGAUAGCACAAAGAAAGAACUGGUGAUUAGCAAGAUUAACUGUAAAGCUCAGCCAAAUUGUGUCAUUUAGUGUCGAGCCCUGCAAAGUGGCGGACUUGCAAGGACUUGGAGGACUCUCUGGAACUUUCUCUAAAUUCAGAGCGCAUAUCAUAUCAUUGUAGUCUUCAGGCCAAGGCUUUUGAAUGUCUUCAUUCCUACUUGGCCUCAUCAUCUUAUAAAUUUCGCCUGCUUUAGCUCUAGCCACAGUGCCAGACGUUUGUCUGUGCUGCAUAUUCCCCUCCAGCCUAUGAGUCCAGAAUAAUGCUAAGGUCAAUUAACAAUAAUCGCUUUAUAAAUUCAGCUUCAAACAGAGAUAAAUAAUUGGAAUGGAGCUCUUUUAGACCAGCAUAGGCAGGGUCUUUUGUGUCUGAGACAGAGUUUAAGUGAGCGGCUUAGUCAAUGACACAUUGGAGACCUGCUAAAGCUAGUCAGUUAAAUUUGUACGAGGUGCUUAUCACCACGUGGAUGAUGGACGUCCCAGCUGAAACAAUUAGCAACGGGACAGCCUGAAGCAAGAACCUGGUUUAGGAUCGGGAGCAUGAGCUUGGGUAGCGCGCAACAGGUGCUUCAAGUUAGUGACAGUUAGUAAACAUACUUAAGCCAAUGUUUGCGGGAUAUAAACACAGACAUACAGUCGGCACAGCUGUAAAAUCUGCUCUUUAUGUGCCCAUUUUGGCUUUAACAGCUGGUAACUUGAGUAGAAAAAACAUGAUCCUUUCUCCUCUCCCCUGGCCUCCUACAUCAAUCCACAACAGUCAGCUUAGCACAUUCACUCCUGACUGCAUUUUGAUGGACCGGCCAGUUGACUCACAGCACCAGGACAUCUGGAGAGCAGAGCUGUAUAGUAGUUGUUUCGAAGUACAAAUUAUAGCUCACAGAUUUCUGCUAUUGUCUUUCUCUCUUUGUCUUAUCCUCCAUCAGAUGGACCCCGUGCAGAAGGCUGUGAUCAACCACACCUUUGGUGUUCCACUAGUCAAGACCAAGAGGCCCGUCAUCUCCUGUAACGUCUGCCAGAUCCGCUUCAACUCAGAGGUACAGCAGACAGAUAAACAUCAACACACACACACUUAACACGUUCCAUCUUUCUUUCAUGAAGUCUCAUGCUUUAUCAUUCAUUCUGCAUCCCAGUGUUUACGCACAAACACCUCAGCCUUGUACACAGAUUCCUCAGGAAUGUAGAUCUGAGUUGACCCAGAGGAUGUGGUGCAUUUGUUUGGACUGAGUUUUGGCAGUUAUGACCCCUCUGGAAUUUGAUUUGUUUCCUUCAGAGAGCAGACUUUAACAAAGAAACUCCACUGCAGCAAAAAGUCUCCAAAGCUCCUGCAGAACCCCAAGCAGAAAAUAGGAUUUUUUUUUAUCCCAGAGGUUUUUUCCCCCCUCCUGUGACCCAUAAACUGUGACAAAUCUUGAUGAAAAUCUUCAUAACAAGUCAAGUUAACUUUACAUAAGAAUGCAGCGAAAUAGAUAUCAGUUUAUAAUUAUGGCAAGUUGUUUUUAUGUGUGUUUCCAUAAUUAAAUCACUUGAUUUUUAUAGCAGUUUCAUCAAUGUGUCCAUAUGGUGCAGCUUAGUAUCAACUCUGGUAAUGAGAGUAUAAUGACAUAUUAUACCCAUGAGCAAUUGGCACACAUGACUGAUGACAAAUGAACAGGAAUAAAAAAUCAUAUGGAAGUAUUUUACAUUCAGCGCUGAAGCUCGUUUUCAGAGUUUUCUCCUGACUGCAGACUAAAAGGACAGACACAUGACAACGUCAGCGCCAAGUGUCAUGUGUGCAGUGUAUAAUUUGGCUGUGACUCUCCCUACUCAGUGGUGCAGACUCUAGGGCCAGGGCGUGCAUCCAUCCACAGUACACAACAUUAAGGAGGGGACCGGUGCUAUAUAUACUUCUCAGGUCUACAAUCAUGGUUUCCAUGUGGUCUGGGAGUGGCAGGGCUGUAAUCUUAAGCCGCCACAGUGCAGCGUUGUCUGCUGUAAAUCUCUGAAGGCACAGGAAACAGUUACACGAAGAUGUUUAUAUGAUGAAAUACUAGAAACCAGAGAUUGUGAUCAAAUAGAGUCAGGUAGGACUUGUCCUUUUGGGUAAAGGUGGGAUAAAUAAAGCUCAGACAAAUUUAGAGUCUAAAUAUUAAGCACAAUUAUGCAGAUGUUCUUUGAGUUAUAACAGUUGAAUGGUAAAGACCCAGAAAAGAGUAACACAAGAAGCAGGUUAUUCUGUCAAUUAGAGCGGCCCCAAAGCCGGCCAUAGAUGUAAAAUAUCACAAUAACAACAUGAACACACUAUUCAUGAACAAUUUUGAAGUAAAUUUGAAGUAAAAAAAAUUAGAAAAAGGAGACACAAGGUUUAAGCAACUAAUCACAUAUGUUCAUAAAUAUGACAUGACCAUAAAUUUUACUAAUAAACACUGUUAACUGACUUUUAUCUUGCAUUUCUAUUCAUUUUCAAACUCAUGAUUUAUCCUCAUCAUUGGUUGUGAGUCUGAGACUUCUUUAGAGCGAAUAUAGCCUCAUAAACAAUUGUUGGACAUUUUUUUAAUUAUGCUUUUUCUGAAGUUUAAACUACUUCUGGUAUAGAUCUUGAGUUUUAGAACUGAAUGAAAACCAUUACAAUAGUGGUAAGAAAGUAUAAAUUAGCUACCUGAGGACACACAAGCUUUAAUGUUGCAUUUGGAUUGACAAAAAAAUCAAAAAGUUUCAGAUUUUAGAAGUGCUUAAUAAACCCUUAGAGUGCUGCUUAAGCUAGUCCACAGUCAGUCUGCUGCCUCUUCUUCUUCUGUCCAAAUUUUAUCACAAUAUUAAUAAUUACUAUUCUAACAUAGGCGGUUUCAAUCAAUACCGGUGUAUUGCAACAGCCUUUCUUUCAGUUCUGUGCUGCAUUUUUAUAUCAUAUCAAUCCUGAAAUGUAACCACAUGUGAUACUGUUUGUCAUCAUGCAAAAUGUAAGAUUUUGAGUGCCACGCAUGUACAUAUCUGAGAGUGGUAUCCAAAUGAAUAGUAUGCUCCUGUGAUUUAACUAUAACUCAUAUUGCUAGUUCAGUUUCAGUUUCUUUUAUUAACAAGGAAAAUUAAUGAGAACCUCGUAAGGAGCUGGGCCGUCAGCAUGAAAUAUUUCAUGAUAAACAAACAAAAAAGCCAAGCUACACUUGAAUUAGCCAACUAAUGUCAAAGCAAAUAAUAUGUUUCAGAUGAAACUGAUGUCAUGUAUUUGUGUGUAUAUUUGAGAGGUAACAAUAGGUGUUAUUUGCAGCAGCCCUGGCAUGUCCUAUCCCCUAAUUCAUACAUAUGUACGCUCUAACGUCAAUGUGACUUUCCCGUCCAGUAUACACCAGAAAAAGCACAUGCUGCAGUUUAUCAUCAAUGUCAUCCCUGCAGCAGGCUGUGUACUUUAUGCUGUCCCACUGAGCUCAGCUGAAGAUUAACGGUCGCCUAUACGCCCAUAGAAUGACUCCCCUCCCACAAUGCUCUUCCUUCACAUAAUACUGAGUCAGGAUGCAUAUUUCAUCCAGGGAAAAUACUACAGCAGGAAGCGCUUCCAAGAACACGGCGCUGCGUUUCCCACCUCCUCUGAUCAGUGAGAGGCUCUGUCCACAUGUGCCUCCUGUGGGCCAAUUACGUUGCUUUAGGUCAAAACAGUAACUGCUAGCUUAGCAUGUAUACUGUCAUGAUCAAUGUAUUUGUCUUCAAGGAUCCAGCAGCUCUUACCCUGUGCUCUCCUCAUUUCACGCAUCAUUUUGCCAUCAUUCAUUCGUCUCAUUUGAUCUUUUCUAUCUGUGCCUUGCUCUCUCUCUUUCUCUCUCUCUCUCUCUCUCUCUCUCUCUCUCUCUCUUUCCCUGUCUCUCGCUCAGCAACCUCCCCCUGCCCUGUUCCACCCGUCUCCCUCUCUGGUGCUGCAUUAUUUACAGUGUGGAAAUGCCUAAAAUUGCCUGCCACUACUUAUUAUAAGAUGCAUUCGUCAAGGGCAUGGAUUAGUGUCUGGGCUCUGACAGCCCCAGUGCAUCUUGGGAAUGUAGGAGAGACGGAGGAGACUUUGAGGGGAAGGAGAAGAGAGGAGGAAAGGAUAAAGGAGGGGGUUUAUGUGCCCCUGCUAUGCCUGCGUUGUACGCUGGUGUGAGGUGUUAAACAGCUAUGCAGAAUAACCUUGGUGGCGUGCUGCAUUAGUGACAUCACAGACUCCGUCGCUCUGCAUUGACCAACGUCACAGCUGCUGCAGCAAGAUCGGCAGAUAUGCAUCCCUCGCUCUCCUCCUCUUCCAACCUACUUCACUGCUUCUCUUUACUUCUUUUCACUCCCCACUCUCUUUUCCAUUUCCUGCUGUUUUAUAAUCCCAGUCUAUUUGUCAUAUUCUGACUUUCUAAACUACAUAGCUUUUUUUCCUCACACUCUUUUUAUCUCCCCCGGCAGCUGUAGGAGCACAGUAACAUCAGCUUUCCUCCUUUUAAAAAUGUCUUGCUGGAAAGCACUUGUUCAGUUUGAACCCUCUGCAUAAUGAAACACAGGCGUCACUGGCUGAUGUGGUGUAGCUUCUUCUCUCUCUUUGAGAUUUUUGCCUCUUUCAUAUCAUUCCUGAUGUCAGUCCAGCUUUUUACAUCACCUCUUUUCGUCUUCUCUUCCCCGGCCUCAUUUUUUCCUUUUCAUCCUCCCUUUAUUCUCUCCCCUCUCUCCAUGCAGGACCUCACAUUGAUCCUCAGCUGCUUGACAGUUGAUCUCCUUGACUUGGUCGGAGAGGUUAAUGGAGCCUCUGUGGCAGCUCUGCCAUGUGCCACCUUAUACCUUUCUAUCUCCCUUCAUUCCUGCUUUCAUCUGAGAGAUCAGUCCCCCUCCCCCUUUGGCGCCCACAUCUCCCUCUUCACCUUUAUCUUGCUGGCUUUGCUGUAGCAGCUUCUUAAGACCCAUCUGACAGGGUCCAGUUUGUCUGCUUUAUCUGGUUCUCAGUUACUCAUCAUGAUUUAAACGAACACAUGGUCUCCUUAAUCACCAAAGCAAAGGCUUUAUGAUGCCAACUCGCACCCUGUAAGCCUCAUCAUAUGGCAAAACAUAAACAAACCGACUUAAAAACGUCACUCAUCACUCCCUGCCCCCUAUGCCAAGCCGGUCUGUCCCCACCCUUGAGUUUGUGGUCAGUCUGAUGUCCUAAGUGUCACUCAAAUGUGCCCAGCCUUUCAGCACCUAUAACAGCUGUCAGCCACUCUUCAAGUUUGUGUCUCUCCCUGGCAACUAACAGUAAUCCUGCCACUUAAUAAUCAUCAUCAGUGGCCCCUUGGUACCAACAAUUUUUGGCCAGCACGGCACAUGGUGAGGAACAUCUGCUCCAUCUACUUGCAGAAGUAGCGGGGAGUGAUCUCACUCAAGUGUGCUACUGACAUAAUGUGUCUGUAUCAGCAAGACGCCUGGAUGUAUUUUUAAUCUGGAGACAGUUGAACCAUAAUAAAGGAACAAUAAAGAACCUGCAAACAGAUGGCAAAUAGGGUUACAUGAAUACCCUUUGCCCACCUGGCUGUACGUCUUUGAUCACACUGUGAGAGCUAGACAACUGUCCACAGCUCAGUAUAACAACCCUUCAUUCCAUUUGCCAUGAUGUCCCAGAUUCACAUAUCUCUGUGCAGCCCAACAAACACACAAACACAUGGUGAAGACAGCCUUCCCUAGUUUCACAGUAGCCUGCUGAGGAAUGACUCACCUCUGUUUACUCUCUGAGCAAACACACUAGCUAGUAGCUGCACGUUCAUACAGGAGAUUAGUCGUACAGGCUUCUGUCAUAGAUCUCUGCACUGCUUUUCUUUCUUUGCCGGAGUGCAGGAUGAUGUGUUGUACCCGCAUCGCCCAUUUUUAGCUCUUUAUGAGAUUACUUUCCUGCCUGCGAGCAUGUAUAUUUAGAUUUCGACCAAUCCACAAGCAAGCAAUUAAGUCUGGGCUUGUGCAAGAGCCUGACCCUUCUCAGUGAGCAGCUGAAGGCGACCACAUUAUUUAUGUUGUAGGCUCCCAUUUACGCCAGCCUCUCAUUGAUAAUAUGGAGUGUAAUGUGACAUGCGUGCAUGUUGUAGUGGGGAGGUUGGUGUCUUUGUGGGACUUAUGGGCCCUGUGGAGCGAUAGUGUGGCAUCCUGCUGACCCAGAGUUCAACUCCCCCUGGCAUGUCUGUCAGCAUGGCCGUACUGAUGAAAGCUGGAGCCAAGUACUGUCAGGGCCUGUGUCCAGGUUUAGACUGCAGAGUGGAUGUCAAAGUUAUGUCCACUACAGAUAAAUAGGUGAUCCAAAAGCACAUGUUCUGUUUGUCUGGAUCUAAUAAAUGAGAAUUUAUUGUUGACUUCAAAAACCGAUAAAGAGGACGAUGGGACAUAUGAGACAAACAGAUCUGCCUGCAGUCUGUGUCUCCAGUCCCCUGAGUAUGUUAAAUAAAUUGAAUAACAUGAUAUCACAGUGACAUGCAUGCAAAUGUGUGGGUGUAAGAGUAAGAGUAAACCAGUCUGCAAUGUUUUAUUUACUAGCCAGCGUUGGAGUUUUAUUACAACAUUAACAUUUUUGUGUGUGUGUAUGUGUUUGUCUUCUUCUUUUAGAGCCAGGCAGAAGCCCAUUAUAAAGGAAACCGUCAUGCCAGGAGAGUCAAAGGCAUUGAGACGUCAAAGAGUCGUCCUCAAGAAGGGGACAAGUCUCAAACUGUGCCCCCCACCUCCUCCCCAUCUCCGCCUGGAGCACCUGGCACCAGCCCAGACUGCGAAGCGAGCAAAGCCGGUGAGAAAGCAAAAAAAAAUAAAAAAUUUAGACAAAUGGGGGGAAAAAAAAGACAAAAUCAGGACAAGAUGAAAACAAAGUGUGCUUGUGCGAGUUUGAUUGUAGAAAUAAUGUUUUUUAAUCUGUGCGGGAAGUGCAGAAGUUUAUCGUUUUGCUGGAAAAUUAGAUGGAAAAUAUACAAGACUGACAAAAGCAUCUAUCACAGUGGCUUUUUACAGAGUUGUUUUUCUUGGGAGCAUCUCAGCUCUCUGUGAGGUCUGAUGUGGUUCCAUCAAAUCAACAAACUCCCACAAACCAACAGAAACUAUUUGCAUUUAAACAGCAAUGCAAAAAGUUUUCACAUAUAUGAGUUUAUUUAAAUUCACACAUAUGACCUCAGAUCACUGAGGAGGAACUUUAGAAGUGGGACACAGAUGAAGCAUUUUGUUAUUUCUAUUUUACUGCCUGGGACUCGUGAAAUUGCAAAGAUAAAUUAGAUUAUGCCUUCAAAGGAGUGGGUCCAAGUCCGUCUGAAUUUAGCUUUGGUUCAGUUCUGGCAGAUGGUUGAUGAAAACAGAUGAUGAUCACUUAAGUGAAGGGAGGCAGAUUUAUAGGAAAACUUUGCUAAAGCACAUCAGUCCGACUCCAUUUUCCAGUCAGGUUGAAAAGUUAAAAUUGACAUCCUGGCGCAAACGAAACCAAAUCCAAAAUAUUCAGUAAGUAUCUAUGGCAUCUUCUGUUGACUGAUUUCAUUACAAUUAAAAGUUUCUUCCAAGAUUCCACACUGGAAAGCCAACCUAAAAUUAAUUGUGUAAAGUUUAAUUAAAUUAGUAUACAUUGUAAGAGAAACUUCUUGCGUUAACUGACCAAAAUGGAAAGAAAACAAUUGGCAACCUGCUCGCUGAGUGACAAGCUAAUCAAAGUAGAUGUACCACACAAGCCUCUGUAUUAGUACAGGCCAACCACUGAGAUGCAUUAUUUGGCUGAGCAAUACCACACAGUUCACCAAUCACUUUAGAUCAUGUGCAGAUGAGCUGGCAAACUGCACACGUAGCAAGGCCUGGUAGUAGAUACUUGGCACCUUUCAAAGGAAUCCCACUAUUGUCUGCUUCAGUUUGUCUUCAUGUUGGCAUACUCCUCUGUGAGAUUUGAAAAACUAUAUUGACAUACUCUAAUGAUGUGAUUGAAAUGCAUGUUAUUAAAUGUGCAACUCAUGCUCAAGUAAUUCCUUCAGUUGUGACUUGCUGGUCGCUCUGACUUGAGUGAAAUACUUCAUGUGAAAGCCAAUUCAUUCAAAGUUAGAGGCUGCUGUGAAAACAAUGCCACACAACUCCUGCUUCUAAGCAGCUGCUGGCCAGCUGUAGCUAGCCUGAGGCACACACAGUAAUGCUUACUAAUAAUAUUAUACAGCUUGUUCAGAUAGUACUCUUUUUAUUGUUUUCAUCAUUUUCCCUUUGUAACACAAUGCUAGUGUUAUGCACACAGAAUGAUGACACUGUGUUUUUUUUAUUUUUAGCCUCUGCAACUGCAAAUAUAACAGGAAGACAAUCAUGUGUGAAUGUUAGCUUCUUGUGCUGCUAUGUUGACUGCCUUCAUCUGCUAAACCCGAGUUCACAGGAAACGUAUCCUCAAAAAUAACACGACUGAGCUACCAUAGUCUCAAAACGACUUUACUUCUUUGUGGCAGUCAUGAUAUUUUGAGAGGAGUCUGGCUGCAGACCUUCACUGAGAGGACCUGAGGUGACAUGUUUUUUCUCAUGCGCUCCAGUUUGUUUGAAGUGGUCAUCCCGUUUUGUAUUUUGUCUUUAUUGAGCACAUAAAUACACAAAAAUCAUAUAAACAUUACAUGUAUAUAAUAAAGUCCCAAGAAAAAUUAUAUUCACUUGAGACAAGUUCAAAUCAACUUCGGACGUGAAAAAAGAAACAUACUCCCGGUAUAUAUGCUUUUAUUUUGAAAGGCUUCAAACAACUUCCAGUCCUUUCAGGGGAGGUCUGCAGCUAGACUGUCUUGGAUAUUUUACUGCUUUCUCUGGACAUAAAGCUGCGGCUGGUUUAACCAACAAUCCUUAUCAAAUACUUUAAUGCACCUGGCUCUUGCAAAUCUACAGGAGACAGUCUCCAGUAGGCCUACAGAUUGCUUUAUGACUGGGUUUACUUUCUGCCUAAAUUUCAGUACAGCUUCUAGUCAACAACAUAUCAAUGCUGCUAUUGACUCCAACUGGUGAAAAUUAACACAGCUCUGCUUCUUCUCAAGUGAUGUACCCAUUUUAACAAUGACACAAGCGUCUUAACACAUAACCAGAGAAAUAUUAAUGAGGAAACUAAUGUUAUAACAAUGACUAGGGUGCCACAUUAGCAGCCAGAGUUAGCUGUCCACAUCAGUUGUCUUCCUCAUCUUUUAUUUGAGGCAACACCACAUUAGCAUUCAGCCACUAAGCAGCCAGUGACAUUCAUCAACAACAGCAUCCACUUUCUCAGUGAGGACAAAACAAACAAGACCUAAUCAGCUGAUUAGUGCAAAGUCAAAAAAUAAAAACAACAAUGCAAAAUUUCUGGAGGGAGGCGGGGCUUGGGGUUGUGUUUUGUUCAAGGACGACUUAAGACUGUAGACCUCAGAGUGCUUUUAUUUAGAGAGAGAUGAAAUCUGACGCCAUUGCAGAUCAGUCCAACCAGAAUCUAAGUCAACAUGUGAGAGGUCAGAUACGACAGCUUAUCUGAUUCUCGUGACAAGUAAUCAGCUAUCCCAAAUGAAUUUGUUAAUUGGAUGCAGGGCAUUGUUAAGGCAUUGCAGGUUCUUUCUUUAGCAGUGUGUCUAUAAUAGUCUAGCCUGUCUCUGUUUUAUUCCUCCCUCCACGUCUUGCUCAUCUUCCUAUUUCAGGCUUUAAUUCAAAGACUGUGCAGCCUCUGUGCCUCUGCCCUUCUACUUACCCCACCCAACAUUUUCCAUUCCCUCAGUGUCACCACUCUGUCCUUGGAUUGCACAUGAGGCACUGAAUAGACCAGCCAUGUUUUGUUGACAUUUACAAGAUUUUCUGUAGCUGACUGUUUACCAGACAUUUCAUCUCUUAUUGGCAGGAGGUCACAGAGCAAACAUGAUGAAUAAAAAGAUGAAACUCUUAAAAAGGCCAAAAGGCAGCAACAGAGCAGAGGCCUUAUUGCUCCUGUGUCUUUGCUUCUAUCUGCGAUGUAUAAACACUAAAGCUGUUCUCUAUGCUGAGAGUCUAAGAGAGACAGGCUUUUUCACUUUCUUUCACUCCUUGGGGAUCUGGAUCAGCCCCCAGGUCCACAGUCAUCAGUGAGUCCUCAUUCAAGAGCAUGAGGAGCCCUCAGUGAUCGAGAUCUGAAAGUAGCAACAUGUGAAAGAAUGCCUUUUUCCGUCCAAGUCUCUGUCUCGUGACCCUGGAUCCAUGUCUCUUUCUAGCCUGCCUGCAUGCUUGCUUGCUUUCUUGCCCUCAGUAUGAUCUUGUCCCUCUUCUCCAUGGUGAAUGGGGGACAGAUCUCUGGGAGAAGGCAGCUGUGUCUUUACUGGGAAAGCAGUGUCUGGAAACUGGAUGUUGUGGUCUGGGUCUCUGGAGAGUGGCCUGGGUCAAUCGGACAAAACAAGAGAUUUACACAUAAUUCAUGCACACAUGUGUACACACACAUAUAAACAAACAGAUCAGACCAAUGCAAGCACGCACAUGGAGGGACGAGGAGGAUAUUUCCCACAGUGCACUUCCUCUACAGCACAGAGCAGCAUUUGUUGUAGAGUAUUUUUUUCUGCUUGUUGAUCCGGGAUUAUACAUUCUCAUGAGACAUUCUGAUUUACAGUCUGAUACAGUUAAAGUCCAGUCUUGUCUCUCUGGCUUCUCUGGUACUUUGCAUACCAAAUGCAGUCAACAGUGAUGUCCAUAAACAAAGCACAUCAGGACCUUGCUGAGGGCUCAAACAGCAAAGAGGUCAGUGCUGUCGUUCACUUUGACUGCUGUUAGUUUCUUAACCUUUCGGCUAUCAGAGCAGGUCACAUGUUUUUAUAGUCCUCAAAGGGUUUGCGGUCAGAGUUGCCCUCAAAGAGGAGGCCCCUGGCUUAGAGGGAUUUGGCCCGGUGAGCUGAGGGUUUGGCAGGGCCUUUGGGUGAUGGAGAGGCAGCUGUUUACUUGGAGAGAAGCUCUGCUGCCCCCCUCCCCCCUUUGCUUUAUCCCUCUGCUGUCUGACACUCCUACACUAAUGAAGGGCCCGGUUAAAACCACCCUGAUAUUAUAGCACUCUUUUAUCCAAACAAACACACACAUACAUAUACACACACACACACACAGAGCCAAGGUCAAUUAAACAGAUGACUUUCAUGUGAGUGCUAGAGUUGCAUGGCUAUGAGGUGACCGUAGUAUCGAGUUUCACAAAGCAGAGAUGGUUUUCAUGCUCCGUCUGUAGUAGUUGUUGAUUUGAGAGGUUCAUUUUUCAGGGAAUUCACGUGUUUUGAUUUUUAUUAAAAGGGCUGUUUGCAGAAAUAUCCCAGAAACAAUCAGCAUAAGUAGGCAUGUCUAAUAAAACUAAUGUGUGUACGACUUUCAAACUGCUUUUGGGUGUGUGCUCGGAUGCAGGCCAGACUGGGAAAAAUGCACCAAACUGCAUUAUGAAUGAGGCUCAGCCACCAAAGCCAGCGUUGGGUUUCUAAGCUUGUUAAUCAUUAAAAAUGGUAAGAAGUGGGGGCUGGGUGCACUUUUGGUAAGCGAAGACCUCAUACUGAAGUUACUGAUCCCUCACACUAUCACACACAUGGCCACGUACAAACCCACACAGUCAGUAGGUCAGGCUUGUGUCAAACAAGCAAGACUCCAUCACAUGUUUCCUUUGGUUUAAAUUGCAUAGUUUGAUAUAAAGAAACAAACACCACUCUUGACUGCAUAAUGUUCCCCCUACACACAAGAUUGAUUAUAGCAAGAGCUCGGUUGUUAUGUUUUAAAGACCACACUGAAAUCUGACAUGAAAAAGAUCACCCACUGUUUGACUCCAGAUUUCUUGGGUUAACUUCUUUUGGGUUUGCAACGUCUAAGGAAGAGUCCACAGAGUUUAACCAUAGACUGUUUAUAGAAUGGACAGAGUCUGCCUCCUCGCUGGGUGAAGACAUCGCAAGAACAGCACCCUCUGGUGACGGGCAUCAGUAUAGGUCAUAAAUCCUGCCUCCUCCAGCAAUCCCUAUGGAGCUGUGGACAAACUUUAGAAAUUAAUCAGACAUAAUGUAAAUUUUUCUCCCUCCUGGUUGCGAUAUUGACAUGUAGUUACUAUAAGCCUGGUUUGUGCUCAAGUCCUCUUUUUUCUGUGCAGCUCCAUUUUUAAAAGUUAUUAGGGGGUUCAUGUUUUCUAUGAUUGACACUUGAUACAGCCUAUGGGCAUACAGGUAUUGUGUAGCUCACCCAGGGGAUACGCUGUUUAAGCCGAGCAUUAUCACAGCAACUCACACGACUCUCCCGCUGAAUGCGUUCAAUGUUACUGUUCAAGUGGUGGUUCCAGGAAGUGGAGAAAAUCCUGGAAAAAACCGAGAGCAAUUCGGUUUCAAAUUUGUAUAAUGACGAUAGGCGGAACCAAGUUGUCCAUAGUAUAUACAGUCUAUGAGUUUGACAUGUUGCACCGCCACAUUUCAGGAUGUAGACUUCAGCUCUGAGAAGUCAUUAUUUGUUUUUAGAGACUUUAGAGACAAAGACAGCGGGUUCUCUCACUCAAUCAGAGGGACAGUGGGACAUCUAUAAACUCACUGCUGGACACUAACUGCAAAACCGGAAGUUCUUUGGCUGAAAUUUGACAUCAGCCUGCAUCAAAUCCCAUGGCUUUAAAGACAAUACCUCUCUCCAUGGACCGCAUACUAUCCAUAACUUUAAUUUCCUGAAGUGGAUUACAGCAAUGUAGACACACAGGGCUAUAGUGCACAGCAUCUGGUCUGAAUUAUCUCACUUCUGACCUCUCCCAGCUAAUUUUGCCUUUUUCUGUUUAGCUGUGAGGCCAGCUUGGAGGGUGAAUGUCAGUUAGCUAGCUUAUCAAUGUUUAAUUAGACUUACAGCAUAUCCCCCGUGUCUGCAGGAUCAAGUGCCUCUGACAGUGGCUUGCUGCUAAAGCAAGAAAAAGUAGUCUCAGCUAGUCCUCCAAGAGAAGAGCUAAUCCAAACAGAAUCAUUCAUGCUAUUAUUCAAAAUACGAAAUACAAAAGAGAAACUCUUUGCUGCUCAGUAGAUUCAAAAAUGAGGAGUGGAUUGCUGUGGCUGAGGGGGGCCUGAGGGUUUUAGCCUCAAGCUGAACUUGUUAUAAGGGGGAUGAGCUUAUGAGGCAUACACUGUGGUAUGAGGUGAAACACUGACUGGAUGUGAUGGUUUGGUAUGGCAAACCUCCAGGCCAUCAUGGAUCAUGAAAUCCCUCAUUACUAUCUGGCCAACCCUCUCUAUUCCUCAGCUCUGGAUUUUAACUCAAACCACAUGUUAUGGACGCUGGAUUUUCAGAUCAUUCCCGGCAUUGUGUUUAAGUCAUGUGCACUUGUGUGUGCCUGUGUGUGGGCAACAUCUAACGAUAUUACACAAGAAAAAAGAUGUUAGCUUUCCUAUAAUUCUCCCCUCCUGCUGCUGCAGGUAAAAGCUUUGCAAUAACCUUAAACAGCUCUGUCAGAAAUGCGGCACAGUAAGCACAUUACGAGUCACAAUUUUCUUCAAAUAACACUCACCAUCACUCUGCAGUUUAAGCCAGGCCUGGUUUAUGGACUCCUGAGUGCCAUAAAAAGGAAAGAUAUUCUUUCUUUCUUUACUUUAUAACAAAACAUCUGUUUGACAAACGCUCUGAGCAGCCUGCAGCUCUGCAGCUGGAAACUUCCAAAACGGAAAGAAAGGGAAUUUUGAUCUUGGCCAGCAGAGGAAUGGAAAGCACUCACAAUGGCAUCUUCAUAAGAGGUGACGCAAUGCAGUGGCCUCUCUUUUGCUCUCCAGUGCUCAAAUGAUCAUAGAGUAACAUGAUAAGAUAAAGUCACAAGAUCAUUUCUUUACAAAUCAUGGUUUCACAGUGUGUUUAUAUAAUGUGACAGAGUGACAAAGCCUGAAGGAACCCUUAAAAGGAAAUUGAGCACUCAAAGUCAAUAUUUAUUUUCUCUCUAGAAAUACUCUCUGUUAUCCCUCAAGUACCAGGAUCUAGAGAGGCUUUUCUGUUGCCUACCCUUGGCGCUACAUCCUAGGGAGUUAGGAGAAAGACCGGCUGGUCCUUGCUGAGUGGGGGAGUUCUGAAUACCCCACCCAAAAUUAGGAGGUCACUAUCAAGCCAACACCCACCGCUUAGUGAAUACCGAUUGUAUUACGUGCUGAGUGGCUGACCAGAAACAUAUGCUCAGAGAUGUAUAUGUAAACAUGUUCAGUGACGGCCAAUGAGCACAGAAGAAAAGAGAAAACUUGACUAAGCAAGGGGCACUCUGUUUCAAGCCUCUCCAAAAACAACAGGUGUGUGGGGAACAGUCUAAGCAUGCACAGGGAGAGGUUUCUAUUUCCUGUUUCUGUCUUUUGAAACGUUUCAAUAAGACGAAACCACAUCACUAAGAGGCUCGCUUGGAAACUUCAAAACGCUGAGACACAUGUUUAACAUGUUCCCAUCGCCUUACACACAUGAGACAUACAUUGUCCCGCCUUUAAUCCACAGCAUAUGAAACUUAAUUAAAAGGGACGCUUUUUAACAGCUCUGGUCUAUACAGUAGGAAAUAAAAAGCAUUUCCGUCUGCAAACGCUUACUGUGGCUUUGUCUGAUCUAUGCAGCAGAUUGUGCCACCAAGAAGCUUAAAAUGUGGUGUACUAACAAAAAGUUUAUUAUAUGGGAAGAGAAGUCAAAAGCAAAUACACAGCAGCUUUAAAUUGUUAAAUCUGUUGUAUGAUUUUCUGACAUUCUUCUUUCUUUCUGUCUUUGUCUCUAUGUUUCUUUUCUCAGAUGAAACACGACCUCUGUCACAGUUAAGCGUGCCCCUGCUGGCCCCGGGGCCCCUCCCCCCUCUUGCAACCCCACCUUCUCCGCCCAUGGACUCCCCUGUGCCCUCAGUGUGCCCCCUCCUGCCCACCUCUACCCCUCCUCUGAUCCCCCCUUCCUCUUCCUCUUCCUCCUCCUCCUCCCCUCCAGGCUGUGGCAAUGGUAGCACCAGCUCAGAGCAGCCCGGGACUGGACCCCCAGUUUCGGGAGCCGUCGGCCCCCCUGCCUCCAGCAGCCCGUCCAAUCCAGAGACAGAGGAAGACAAGGCCAAGAAGCUGCUGUACUGCUCACUGUGCAAGGUGGCGGUCAAUUCCCUGUCACAGCUGGAGGCUCACAACAAAGGUGGGUUCAUCUGCGGUCUUUGAUACUUGAAACUGCUGUAAAGCUCCUGAACUUUGCAGCAAUUAGCUGGAAAUGAAAUCAGGAGGGAUUAACUGUGACUCUUGAUGAAGUUUGACUUCUCAGAGGAGGAACUUCCUGCUCAUUUUAGCUAUUGCUGGGUUCUUCUCUGUUUAGGUCAACCACACAGCUGUUGCUGUUGUUGGAAACAAAGUGUGCACACCCUGUUUGCCUAAUGGAUUUUGCAGAGAAAGACCAAUUUAGCAACUUUGGAAUAUGUCUUCACAGCUUAUUAAACUGCAAUGAAAAAGAAGUAUGCAAACUGAAGUAGGAAAGUAGUACUUCAGUAUGUUGCAUAACACAAUGAUAUUUAAAUCUUUUGUGAAAGACUUAUGUUUAAUAUUGAAGAAGUAUGUCAUAUCUCUGCAGAGGUUGGAUUGUACAUUGUAAGAAACAAUGUUUAAUGUUUUUUCCCAGUCUGGCCUGCAUCCGAGCAUAAGCAGACCUAUUUUACCUAUUCUCACCUUUCAGUAUGCCAGUCUGUAACACAUAUACAGUAGCUCUGGAGGAUUUGCCACUAAAAAAAAAUUCUUAUUUAUCUCAUACUACCUCCCAUGAUGUAAAGUUAGACACAGUUUAUGAGUUGUAGUUUUCACAAAGUUUUAUAGUCAUAAAAUAAUCUAAAAAAGUAUUAAUUUAAAAAGUGCAUUUAAGGCUAGACAUUAACGCCCACUUAGAUCCUAAUUUAAUUCUGUUUGCAUAUUCUCUAAUGUUGCAUUAGCUGCUGCUAUAAUUUUACUCUCAGCUUGUAGUUUUGGCUUUGAUGGACAGUCUUUACAGACGAAACAGCCCCCGGUUUAAGUAAAAAUUGAGAUGCAAAUCUGUUUUUUUUUGUUUGUUUUUUUUACAAAUAGCAGUGACUUUCCUCCAAAACCAAAAUUACACCUACAAGCAACUUUCUGAGACAUGCUGAGUCAACAGAGCGCUGACACUGGGGGAAAAUGACAAGCAACAAGACAGACAGGUGGACAUGUCUUUGAAGGAGUCACUGGAUGGCUCAUCGUUAAGCACUGUCCUGACAGACCGACACAAUCUGAUGUCAGGUUCAGGCCAUGUCUUUAGACAAGCAUUUCAGAAAAUCUAGGAAACAUGUAGUUAAGGCGCCAUCCGUGUAUGUCGUGUUUUUAAACUUUGGCAAGGUCCAAAGUGUAACAAUGUAUGUAUAAAUGUAUUAAAGUACUAAUCAGUAUAAUUGGUCUCUUUUAACCAAGGGGUAGGGGCUCCAGAUAUUAUAAAAACCUCUAUUGAAGUAAUAAAUCUUUACACUUAUGGUCCCAUUUGAUAUUUUCUGUCGUAAAGAGGCAUCAAAAUUCUAGUCUUUGUCAUUACAGCCCAAAAUCUCCUCACAGCCAAAAGAAAAACUGAACGUGGUUCUCUUUCAGAGAAGGAAUUCAAGAUAAAAACAUUUAUUUCCAAUUGUGAAGAAAAUGAUUAGAGAUGUUAACAUUUUAUGACUUAAAUAUAUAUUUUUACUGAACUCAGAAUAUCAAAUAGCCCAUUAUUAUUCCUGGCAGUACAACCCUCUCAGAUGAUAGGUUGUCUGUGACCUUGCAGAGAACACCGUGAGGAUCACUGCUCAGCAGAAAACGGAUCUAUUUGACUCUGACAGUCUCAACCUGUGAAAUCAAGCACUCGUCAUCUGGUUACUGGAGGCCUGUUUGUCUUUCUCUCCUAUCCAUCUCUUCUAACACACCCCAUUUUCUUCACCCACACAAAACAUGAUUAUCUAAAACAAAACUCUCCUGCGCUCAAACAUUCAUGAAUUGUCUUUUCAUUUGCUGCACACAGCAGAAAAAACUGUUUCCUGUAGCCUGAGGCCCUCGACAUGAAAAAGUUGCAGAGGAGGAUGGUUACCGCUGCAUGAGGGAUUAACUCUGGGGAAUAGGAGAAAAAUAGGGAUGUUAUGUGGGUGAGCUCACUACACUAUAGCAGCUCCGACAUUGUGUCAGGCAGCCUUCACACAUGACGACACUUUCUCAGGGCUGCAAACAGCCCUCAGGUUCCCUCUGCCUGCUUUUAUCCAUCAUGUCCUGCCAACAGAGCUCUCCUUCUGACCUUGUGUCCCUCCGAGGACAUGUUGUUUCUGCUGACCUCCAGACUUUAUUUUAGGGUGUUAUUCUCUCUCCAACUCAUCGAGAAAAACACCAGAGACAAUGAAGGACUGACUCUGUGUAACUGUAUCCAACUUGCCUCGAAUACUGCUUGGCACAGCUAACUUCAACAGACUUGAAAGCAGAAAACAAAUGCCUCUGUGAUCAAGUAUUUAACAAUAAAAGUGAAACCAUACUGGUUCGAUUAACCAUGCUUUGUUAUGCGCUGAUUAGAACAACAAUAUAUUUGUGUUACAUUUGUCACUUGCAGUGAAUUCACAUGUAAAUAGGACAGGAGAUCAGACUAACAGAGGACACUGUCUGAUGUCAACAAGCUGGCUGCAGAGUUCAACGCUGGGAUCAUUUAGAGUUGAAACAGUUGAAAGUCAAUGAGGAAAACAAUCUGGGAGCAAUCAUUCUUACUCAUUCUCAAAAUCAAAACUCUGCAUAAUAGAGGGAAUGAAAAAUAAAAGCACAUGUCUCGCAGACAUCAACACAUGAGCGGUGAGCAUUGUUCGAUAAGAAAAAACAGAAAAGGCACAGAAAAAGUCUGAUGAGUAUGUAAAGUUGUUUCCAGACUUAUACAACUGAUUUUUUUCACAUAGCUGCUGCACAUUUUUUGUGUUUGUGAUCAUGCCUUGUCUGUUUGUGUGUAACUUGACACUGAGUCAACCUUACAAAGGCAAAAAAAAAACGCUGGGCCAUCCAUCAGACCAAAAUAGAACAAAGUGAAAAGAAACACCCCAAGAGCACAUUUCUGGCCACGAGCAGAAUCUGUCAUUCCAGCCCCCUUCUUCCCCAGCGGAGCCUCUAGCCUCCAUGUUCCCCUCCACCCACCACCUACCCCCACCCCAAUGCCUUUGCUAUCUGCUGUAACAUUAACUCUGUCCAAAGGGGGUUUGGAGAGUGACUCAGAGUUGGAGCCAGUGACAGCGGGAUGUUUUACUUUGAGGUUCAGAGGCAUGGCGGGAAGGGGAGGAUCAGGUUGUUGGUGGGCAGGACAUGUUUAAGAUAUUCUUCAUUUAUUUUUUUCAGGAGAAGUUCUCUAGCUCUCUCUUAUGCCGACCACUUGGAAGGGAAAAUUAUGUUUACCCCCUUACUUGACUUUGCAAACCAAGCCAAUGGUGUUAAGGUUUAACCAAAUAGAGAAAUCGCUUCAUAAUGAAAAUGACUAAAUGAGAAUAUAUUGUAAUAUUAUUAUACAUUUCUAAGUUAUAACAAAUUCUCUUUUAGUCUUGCAUGAACUACAUCUGGAUUAAAAGAAGAUUUCCCAAGUUUUCUGUUGGCUGGUACAGUUUAAAGUAACUCUAUGAACUACUUUGUGGCUGCUAUAUAACUUUGGAAAAAGCUCUGGUUUUGACUGCUCCGCUCAAUAAAUGAUGGACAAAAAGUGUCACAGUAAACAAACUUCUUCAAAUACAUAAUUAAAGCAUUCUGAUCUGUUGCCAGAAUGGCAAGCGUAUAUAUUAAUGUAAAAGUGUUAUUUCAUUGCAUAUAUAUAUGUACGUAAUCACAUAGUAAAAAGUAUAGUUGUUGUCACAAUCAAAAGCUGCCCACAAACCUACUCUAGUCCAUACAAAUCUGCUUCUCAUAAUAACCUCGCUCUAAAUUUGAAAACUUUGACAUUUACUGUCCAAAUUAUUGGGCUUGACAGUGUGGGUUCAGUGGUUCAGCUCUGUCACUGAUGUUGGCACUUGUGUUGAUAUGAUUUACUACAGUUCACACUUUAUGAUCAGACAUCACACCCGGCUCUAAAUUAAAAACAUUAUCAGACAGUUAAUGUAGUGUGGACAAUAGAGGGGGCUUUGAGUUCACUUCACACAGCAGAGCUGUGUCCUACUGCAGCCCUCUAGUGGUGAAAUCUUAGCACUACAGACUCUUCCAGAAACAUGCUCUGCAUGUUGUGCAUAUGUGUGCGGUUAUUGGAGAGCAAGGCCAGUGAUACAUUUUCUUUUCUUUUAUGCCUGAUAUUCAUCACUGUCACUAUUUCUCCAUGUGUGUUGCAUUGCAGAGAAACACUUUUCCAUAUUCAUAUAACUCCAGACAGAUGGUAACAGGAUGACCUAAACAUAAUAAAUUAGCAUUCAUAUUUAACUCCAUUUUUUUUAUUCUAUUCAUCUGGCUUCAAAAGUAAUUUCAGUUUGCUUGACAGCACUGCUGACCUGUUUUUUUCUCUCUCUCUCUGUCUGUCUGCAGGAACCAAACACAAAACUAUCCUGGAGGCACGUAGCGGGCUGGGCCCCAUCAAGGCGUAUCCUCGUCUGGGCCCCAAGCCCAGUGGAGAGCAGGGAGGGGGGCCAGUGGACCCCAACACUCAGGAAAGAACCUUCCACUGUGAGAUCUGCAAUGUGCGGGUCAACUCUGAACUGCAACUCAAACAGGUAUAUGAGAGAUGACACUGACAGCAUUAGUCUGAAACUGUGAAAACACUUUGGAAAUAUUUCAACUUAUUGAAAACGUGACCAGCUUGUGUUCCUGUCUUCUUUGCAUCAGCACAUAUCAAGUCGAAGACACCGGGACGGCAUGGCGGGCAAGCCUAACCCCCUCCUCAGCCGGCACAAGAAGCACAGGGGAGCUGAUCUGGCGGUAACCUUUCACUCUUGAGUUCAGACUCUUAGAAUUUGACAGCCAACCUGAGCCAGAGAUCAGAUGAUAACUGAAAAAUGAGAUCUGCUGGGCCUUGAGACAUGUUGGUUUGAUCACUAUUAAUGGUCUCCAGUUGUUCUAGUUUCAGUGCUGCCCUGCUGAAAAUCUCUAACUGAGAUGAAACAUCUGCAUUACAGCCUUUCAGUCAUGUUUCUUCAUCACAUGUCAACCUGCUGGAACUAAUCACUCUGAUCCCUCUCUCUCUUUCUUCUCUCCUUUGUCUGCAGUCUUCUUUGACCUUCUCCAAGGAUCUCACCAAAGCUUUGGGCGCAGGGCUUUUGCCAAGCCCCUUGGCUGUGGCUGCAGCGAUGGCCGCAGCAGCGUCCUCGAACUCCCUGGCUCUCCGGGCGGCAGGCCCCGCACCCCAUCCGCAUCAUCACUUAUUGCAAGGCCCACCUCUCAGCCACGCCAUACUGAGACCAGCCCCCGGGCCGAUCCGCACCACCCACGGGCCAAUCCUCUUCUCUCCAUACUGACACAUCACCUUCUGACCUCGGCCAGUCAGGAACAGCCACUCCAAAAAGCACACUGUGAAGAUACAAACAUAAUCAACAAACAGCAAAUGAUAGGGGACAUCAAACAUCCAACCAUUCAGAAUCAAACUGAGAGAAAAACAAGGGAAAGGAGCAGAGGACUGGAGUAGAAAAUGUCUCUCUUUCUUCCCUUUACCUGAAACUCUCCUUUCACUUCAAAGACUUCCGAGUAGAUGGAAUGAGGAGAGGAGAGAUUUUCAUUAUGCAUUGAACUCCCUUGUACAUCUCUCACACUCCUUGGUCCCUCUCCCUUGCACUCUGGCCCCAUCAUGGCCACCUCAGAUAGCUACAGAAGAAACACAAGCAAACCUUUCUUGAAACAUUAAUCCACAUGUAGUGUUGAAUAGUAAUUAUGGGCCAGGUUGGGUUCCUCCAGUCAUCACAGCUCAAUGUGUUCUUCUCAUCCUAUGCACCUCAAAAAACCAAGACAAUAAUGUUAUGUCAGUAGGGUAGCUGCUUCCAUUGGUCUUUGCCGUUAGCGCCACAUGUAGCCGUGGCGGCCUCCUUGGUACUGUACAUGUCCCCUUCUGUGCUGGAGGCCAGCAACUCUUCAGUUUGUGACAUUAGGUCAUCGCUAGGAACAACAUGACUUCGGCUGACAGGCAGGUGGUAGCCGCAUCUGAACAUGUCUGGUAGUUGUAAGGGAGGUGGAGGGAAGGGAGGGAGGGUUUCAGAGAGCAGAGAAGAGACUGUGGGGGAUUGCACUCUCCUGUCAUUUCCCUGAGAGUGUGAGGUGAGAGGAGGGCUGGCAUGGGUCAGUGGAUGGAUUCACCCUCGGGCAGCAUGCAGACACACACAAGCCCAAACGAAUCUGUGUUUUAAAAUAGACUGUACCAACAAAAAUCUACUGCGGGGCACAUCUGCCAACCUCCAUAACAGUCAGAGAGGGGCCUCACUUAAGGGUGAAACAUGCAGAAGUCUCAUCUAUACUGUACUGCUGCACUUGAUCGUAGGUGUAGAUUGUGUUUGAUGGCAAUACUCUAUUUUUUUUUUACAGUUAUAAGAGAUUCUGAACUUGCUAUAGCACAGUUUAAAUCUUCCCAGUGGCACACUUAGGCUCUUUCAAUAAGAGGCUAUUUGACGUCCUAGCAUCCUGGUCUUUAUUCACUGUGUUGUUGAAGAGGUAUGAAUACGGUGUGACCCUGUGCACUGAUUUAUUUAUCUUGUUACUGCAUGCAGCCUCGCAAUAUUGUCCUGCAGGGUCAGGCCUCUGCAUCAUUGGGUUGAACUCUUCUAUUUCUGCCCUGCCCUACCUCCUCCUCCUCACUUCCUUCAUCUCCAAAGGCUCAUAUGAGUCUACAGUAGAGGGCACGCCGACACUGGCAAACUAUAAAUGCUCAAAGGGAACAAAUUAUAGAGGGGAAGAUGAAAGCCAAACACAUUCUUGGAGAAAUUUGAUCUUGAGCUGGAGUGACAACCAAGCCAGUAGCCCAGCGAGGGCUGCAGAGAGUGAAGGGAGAGUGAAGACGUCCAGCUCAAGGCACCCAUCGAUACUUCCUGUCUUACAACUGAAAGCCAUGAAACGCACCAUGAUUUGCUUUCUCUUACAAAGACUGGUGAGCACUUUGUUUUGUUUGGUUUAGGACUGUUGUUUUUUCUGCAUUUAUAUCACACGUUUAAAAAAAAGCAAAAAUAGAAAAGACAAUAAAAAUAUUUUUGUAGGUAGGAAAUGUUAAAAAGUGCAAAGCUGAAAGGACAAAAGGCUGGAACAACAGAUGACAAAUGAGAUAAAUGUUGAUUGAGAGCAGCAGCAGCGGGGCGCCACAAAAGCUAGCUAAGCGGCAGCAAACGUUCACCCUCUUCUGAAUGAGAUGUACACUGUGCCCUUUCAUUGAGAAGCAAUGAGCUCUAAUGUCUUACCUUUGUCUGAAUAUUGCAAUGCAAUGAGCAAUUUUUAUCAGAGUGACUUGUUAUCAUUGUGACAUGUUGUGACAUGUUGUCUGGAGUCAUGUGUUAACUUGGAGCAGCCAGCUGAUUGACUUUUCUGUUCUUCCAUGUGGAGUUCAAGCCCUUGAAGGGACUGAGAAACAAAGAGAGCGACAGAGGUGUAGCUGGGCUUAGGGACCGACCCUUCAUAUUAAAGGGCCUUUUUAACUAUGGUAUUCUCUGCUUGGGGAACAGGGUACAACGCCAGGUAUUGAGGGAUUGAGGCUAAUUUUUUGAGUUGGACUCAUUGAGUUGCUUUAUUUUUUUCUGUGUGAGAAAUGUGUUUAAAGUGAAAACCAUGAGGAACAUUAUCUAUGCCAUUACUUAAAGAAGAAGCUGGCUCGGUGUCAGUUUCCACCAUUGUGCUCUUUUCUUUCCUUUUUUCUUUUUGUUUUUUUGUUGCUGAACUUUCUUUCAAGAGUUCAAAUAUCGAGUGAGAAACUAUUCCAGGAUCUGUGCUCUCCUACCUGUUGGUGUGUGUACCAUAUGUAUUCUAGUGUGUGUUGGGACCUGCUCUCUCCCCACUUCCCACCAAUCAGAGACAAAGGGCAACCUGGACUUUUAAAGUAGCCUAACACAAUAAUGGAGACAAAAAAAAACCUGCACAUGUCAAGUUUUGGAAGACUGAUCAAUCGUUCUGGAGUCUAUCCGAGACUGACCCUGAUCAAAGUGUUGCAAUCUCGUCCCUGGUAGGUCAGCCAAGUAGCAGCACCACAGAUAUGUUCAUAUUAUCCUAGAUAUGUCCAUGAUGUGGUCAUUCCUACUGAUUCAUCCUCAUUAUUCACAUAUGGGAAAUAAAUGUUAGAUUUUCUGGGCAGGUAUUUCAUGUUAGCUGUGUUUAGGCUACUAGCCUUAGCCUUAUUCGGCCCUCAGCCUCUCCCAGAGCAGAGAGAGAGAGAGAGAGAGAGAGAGAAAGAGAAAGAGAGAGAGAGAGGUGGAGAGGCUACGGUGUUAUUUUGUCUUGCCAAUAAAGUUAUUUUUGAAUUUCAUUGUCAGAGGGGACAAAGAGUUUGUAUGGCGAAUUGUAGCAAUACCUGACUCAUUCUGGCUACUCUUGUUUAUUGCAAUAAGAAAAUUAAACAAUAAAUGUGUAUGUGAGUAAAACAUUAUAAAUGUAAUUUAAAUGAAAAAGAAACUUUAUGGUCAAUACUAUUGGUAUUGAGAGAAACCAUGGUGGGAAAAAAGUAAAUGUCAAUAAAUCAUUAAAUGAAACAAAUGUCUUUCGAGUUUUCUUCCCUCUGAAUCCACCAAAGCAGCUCUUUCUAUCUAACAUCACAGUAAAUAAAAACUACAAGAAAUGCUUCACACUGUAUUUCCUAUGCAUGACGUGUAUGACCUUGCAAUGAAUCACAGUCCUUGAACAUUUUAUUUAUCAUGUUCCCGGAAUAAAAUGUACCUUGAGAUACUCUUUUUUUCCCUCUCCAACAUACAAAAAGGAAACAAGAUUGGAUGCCAUGAAGACAGAAUACAUGUUAACAGUUAAUAGACGGUAGCUAAUGGACACUAGAGAUGGUGUCAGAUAUGAUAUAAAAUACAGUGAUGUUGAGUCACAUACCCCCAAAAAAGCGUAAACAAGAAAAAUCAUCAUUACAGUAUCAGAGAGGCCUAUGUAAGAAGAUGAUGUAUUUGUCAUUUUUGUAUCAAAUUUUUCAUAUUUGUCAGGUGUUACUAAAGUUUCAUAUUCAAGUUUUGAACCAAAGUAAGAAUUGUUUAAAUAUAACCAAACCAUGGGGCGCUGGUUAAGCUCAGUGGGAAGAGCAGGUGGUCUAUCCAGAGGCUACAGUCCUCAGCCACAGACUGCAUUAGACAUUGACGUAGUCUCAGUGACAUCACCUUUGUUUUUAUGAGCUGUGUUUUGAAGCUCAGUGAUGGCAGGUGCCACAUUGGAAAUGUUUCCUCAAUUCUGUGAAGUCGAGGUGGAUCUUCAGUCCCCGGGCCAUGAGUUACUAGAAUAUGAAAAAAAAAUGUAUCCUCCCUGUAUGUAAUACGUUGAAUGGACAUUUUGAUAUGGGUAUUAAUUGGGGUCUUCUGCUCUCUAGAAAAACUGGAACACUCUCUCCUCUCCAGAUUUCUAGUCUCUAGAGCAAAGAAUCGAAAGGCGGAAGGGUUAAUUGGAAAAAUUAACAGGAAGGAUGAACAGGAUAAAAAAUAUUAACAAUAUGAAACUUUUCCCUAAUUUCCUGAACAUUUUACCCUCUCAGGCCACAAACACUCGAAUAAACCUCUCAGCUCAGAGACAGACAGGGAAUCAGCUGUUAUCUAGAGCUAUCUUUUUAGAUGCUGGUUUUGAUUCUGAUCAACCAGACUGAUCUACAACCAAAUAAUUUGUGUUUUCUAAAUAAAUCUGAACACUCAUUACCA